AUGCGGCUGAUUAUGAAAUGCUCUGGACCUGACAUAGACCCUGGCGUGGCAGCAGAUAAUGAGGUGUGAUGGUUGACAAAGAGUCACACAACCAGAGCAACACCUCUUUACAAGACCCCAUAUUACAAAGGAGAAGCCCCUCAUCCAAAGACAACCUCAUGCCCCAAUUAAAAACGGAUUAGGCUGUUGAGCACAUAACACUACCACAGGAACACACUCACAGAGGACAACCAACAAGACCCGGGACUGAAGCACUAAAGUAGUGAGGCAGCCAAGGCCUUACAACCACAUUCAAACCAUUCCUUUCUCACCUCUGGACAAACAAAUGACUAAAACAGAGCCUUUUUCUGUUAACCAUUACUUUCCAAUGAUAUCUAUCCUUAGAACUUGGGGGACGACAACCGCUUGAGUGUAGCCGUAGUGAAGAGAACCUGCACAGCAGGGGUUACUUACUUAAUCCUCUUCGUGCCUUGAGGCACAUAAGGUCCUCAAGAGAGCGCCACAGUAUCUGGUAUGCUGCUUUCUUGGUGAGGGUUCCCAGGUCAGGCCUCACUCCAUCUCCUUCUCGAUGUCUCUUUCUGGCAUCCUAGCUUUCUCUUCCCAUCAGGUGUCCAGCUUAAGGCAAUUGCAGUGUGUGUUUCUGGUGGUAGUCUGGCAGAGAAAAGGGGCUGCUUAAUAACAUAGCAGACAUCAGGUGUCAAAACUGAACUCACUGGAAAACUGAAGAUCUUACAGUACCCAUACACUGAAGCAUUACAUUGGAAAAGUUAAAGUUCACUUGACCAAAUUGCCGCAUAUGAAAAAACAAUUGCCGCAUAUGAAACAAACAAUGAUUUCUGAUUAUAUAGGCCAUAUUUUAAUCAGUGAUCUAGAGAACUGUAGUUUUCAUAACAGCCCUAAUUUUCUCAUUGAUAUAUGUUUUAUCUCAGGUGUGACAUUAGGAUAGAACAAAAAUAGCACAGUGCACAAUUCACCCAGUAAAUUACAGUCUACAGUGUUAAAAGAGGAUGUGGUGUGUGUGAUGAAAGGAGUCAGGCGCAGGAGGGUAAUCACCGAAUACAGAGUUUAUUCCUUCGUUGACACAUAAAUGCGCUCCAAUAGCGAUCAACAAAACAGGCACAGGGGAAACAAACAUCCCUGGCAAUUACACUGUAACGGAAUCCAAUAAUACAUAGGCACAGGGGGAAAAUCUACCCUGGCAACACAAUGUUAUGAGUAGCUCCACCGAGCUACAUACUCUCACAAUUAACAAUCACCCACAAGGACAAGGGGGCAGAGGGAACACUUAUACACAGACUAAUUAGGGGAUAGGAACCAGGUGUGUGUGAUUGACAAGACGAGACAAUUGUGAUGAUGAUUGGGGCGGGUGGUUAGUAAGCCGGUGACGACGAACGCCGAAGCAUGCCCGAACAAGGAGGGGAGGCAGCCUCGGUGGAAGUCGUGACAGUACCCCCCCCCCCCCCUUGACGCGCAGCUCCAGCAUCACGCCGACCCCGGCCUCGGGGACGGCCAGGAGAACGCAGAGCAGGGCGAGCCGGUGGAAAUCCCGCAACAGGGAGGGAUUGAGGAUAUCCCUCACCGGGACCCCAGCACCGUUCCUCCGGACUGUACCCCUCCCACUCCACGAGGUACUGAAGGCCCCCCACCCGACGCCUCGAAUCCAGGAUGGAGCGGACAGAGUACGCCGGGGCCCCCUCGAUGUCCAGAGGAGGUGGAGGAACCUCCCGCACCUCAGACUCCUGCAGCGGACCAACCACCACUGGCCUGAGGAGAGACACAUGAAACGAGGGGUUAAUACGGUAAUCAGGGGGGAGUAACAACCUAUACGUAACCUUGUUGAUUCUCCUCAGGACUUAGAACGGCCCCACAAAAUGAGUGCUCAGCUUCCGGCAGGGCAGGCGGAGGGGCAGAUUCCGGGUCGAGAGCCAGACCCGAUCCCCCGGUACGAAGACCGGGGCCUCACUGCGGUGACGGUCAGCGUUGGCCUUCUGACGAUGCACAGCGCGAUGGAGGUGAACGUGGGCAGCAUCCCACGUCUCCUCCCCGCGCCGAAACCAGUCAUCCACCGCAGGCACCUCGGUCUGACUCUGGUGCCACGGUGCCAGAACCAGUUGGUAACCUAAAACACAUUGAAAUGGUGUUAGGUUAGUAGAGGAGUGGCGGAGAGAGUUCUGGGCAUAUUCUGCCCAUGGCAAGAACACUGCCGGUCCUGGCAGUAGGACCGCAGGAACCUACCCACAUCCUGAUUUACCCGUUCCACCUGCCCAUUUGACUCGGGGUGGAACCCAGAGGUCAGGCUGACCGAGACCCCCAGACGUUCCAUGAACGCCUUCCAAACCUUGGAUGUGAACUGGGGACCUCGGUCGGACACUAUAUCCUCUGGCACCCCGUAGUGCCGGAAGACGUGAGUGAACAGGGCCUCUGCAGUCUGCAGGGCCGUGGGGAGACCGGACAGAGGAAGGAGGCGGCAGGACUUGGAGAAGCGGUCCACAACGACCAGGAUGGUGGUGUUACCUUGGGAGAGGGGAAGAUCAGUUAGAAAAUCAAUGCUAAGGUGAGACCAUGGGCGUUGUGGAACUGGUAACGGUUGUAGCUUACCCGCUGGGAGGUGCCUAGGUGCCUUACUCUUGGCGCACACCGAGCAGGAGGAAACGUACACCCUCACGUCCUUAGCCAAGGUAGGCCACCAGUACGUUCCACUCAAGCAGCACACUGUACGACCGAUACCUGGGUGACCAGAGGAGGGUGACGUGUGUGCCCAGAAGAUCAGACGAUCACGGAUAAGAGCAGGCACGUACCGCAGCCCAGCUGGACACUGCUGUGGAGAUGGAUCUGUGCGUAAUGCCCGCUCUAUAUCCGCGUCCAUCGCCCAUACUACCGGCGCCACAAUGCAGGAGGCCGGGAGUAUGGGGGUGUUGUCUCUGGGCCUCUCCUCUGUGUCAUACAGCCAGGAUAGUGUGUCUGCCUUCACGUUCUUCGUACCCGGAAUGUAUGAUAGUGUAAAAUCAAACCGGGUGAAGAAUACGGCCCAUCUGGCCUGGCGAGGAUUCAGCCUCCUCGCUGCCUGGAUGUACUCCAGGUUACGGUGGUCCAUCCAGACGAGGAAAGGGUGUUUCGCCCCUUCGAGCCAAUGCCUCCACACGGUCAAAGCUCGGACAACAGCCAAAAGCUCCCGAUCACCAACGUCGUAGUUCUGCUCCGCCGGGCUGAGCUUCUUCGAGAAGAAGGCACAGGGGCGGAGCUUGGGUGGCGUGCUUGAGCGUUGGGACAGGACAGCGCCUAUCCCUACCUCAGAUGCAUCCAUCUCCACUACGAACGGUAGUGAUGGAUCGGGGUAGGCCAGUACUGGAGCUGAGGUGAACAGACUCCACAGUCUCCUGAAGGCCAGAUCCGCCUCAGCAGACCAGCGGAGCUGGGACGGCCCACCCUUCAACAGGGAUGUGUUAGGAGCUGCAACCUUGCCAAAGCCCCGGAUAAACCUUCGGUAGUAGUUGGCAAAGCCAAGGAAUCGCUGCACCUCCUUAACCGUGGUUGGAGUCUGCCAAUUACGCACAGCUGAAAUGCGAUCUCCCUCCAACUCCACACCUGAGGUGGUAACGCGGUAUCCGAGGAAGGAGACGGACUGCUGGAAAAACAUACACUUCUCUGCCUUGGCAUAAAGGUCAUUUUCCAACAGUCUGGCCAGCACUUUGCGAACCAGGGACACAUGCUCGGCGCGAGUAGCGGAAUACACCAGGAUGUCAUCGAUGUAGACCACUACACCGCGACCAAGCAUGUCCCGAAACACCUCAAUCACAAAGGACUGGAAGACGGAUGGAGCAUUCAUCAAACCGAAGGGCAUCCCCAGGUAUUCAAAAUGCCCCGUGGUUGUGCUGACUGCCGUCUUCCACUCAUCCCCCUCCCGAACACGCACCAGGUUGUAUGCACUCCUGAGAUCUAGCUUUGUGAAGAAGCGCGCCCCAUGCAUUGACUCGAUCACUGAAGGAAUGAGGGGGAGAGGAUAACUAAUUCUGAUCGUCUCCUUGUUCAGGUGAUCGAUAAUCAAUGCACAGGCGCAGAACGCUGUCUUUCUUCUUCAUAAAGAAGAAACUCGAGGAGGCGGGUGAAGUGGAGGGACGUAUGUACCCCUGGCCCAGGGACUCGGAGACGUAUGUUUCCAUAGCCUCCGUUUCAGCCUGCGACAGGGGGUACACAUGACUCCUGGGAGGUACAGCGUCUACCCGAAGGUCUAUCGCGCAAUCCCCCGCCCGAUGAGGUGGUAAUUUAGUAGCAUGCAUCUUGGAAAACGCGUGCACCAAAUCGAGGUAUUCGGGGGGAACGGUGGACGUACCAUUUGGACUUUCCACCGUGGUUGCACCAACGGAAACAUCUAGACACCUACCCUGACAUUCACGCGACCACCCUGUGAGAGCCCUCUGCGGCCAUGAGAAGGUGGGGUUGUGGAGUGCUAGCCAAGGGAUACCUAAUACCACAGGGAAAGCAGGAGAUUCAAUAAUCGAAAAAAUGACUUGCUCACAAUGAGUCUCCUGGGUGAUCAUGGUGACCGGUAUAAUGACUUCCGUAACAAACCCGGACCCUAAUGGUCGACUAUUGAGUGCUCUGAUGGGGAGUGGAAAGGAGAGGGGAACCAAUGAAAUGCCUUGACGGCAUGCGAAUGCCCUGUCCAUAAAGUUCCCAGCUGCGCCUGAAGCGACUAGCGCCUUACACUUGGGAACUACCAUGUGAUCGGGAAAGUGGAUAGGUAGGGUACAGUGUACAACAGAGGGCUCUAAACAAGUGUGGGUGUUCGAUACCUGGGGUGAUGCGUGAGUGCCCUGCCUGCCGCCUCCCGGCCCAAAACAACGUUGACUACGACGUGUGGUGUACUGUCCCUUCGUGCCACCAGAGUGACGCUGUCCUCCUCCGCUCUCUCGGCCGGCGGCUCCACCCAGCUCCAUCGGCUCAGGAUCCGAGUCGUCCGGGGUGGAAACGGGCAGACCCCUACCAGGACGUCCUCUGGCUGCCAGCAGGUUGUCCAAAUGAAUGGCCAUGUCCACCAGUUUAUCGAAGGACAACAUGGUGUCCCGGCAGGCUAGCUCCCGUCGGACGUCCUCCCGCAGAUGGCACCGGAAGUGGUCGAUCAGGGCUCCCCGUUCCACCCGCGAAGUCCUCGUCCCCUGUCUCAGGUGGACCAGCCGCUCGCCCGCCUCUUGACCCUCGGGCGGGUGAUCGAAGACCGCCCGAAAGAGGUGAGUGAACUCCCUGUAGUCCUCCAACAUGGCUCCUCCCUCGUUCCACAUCGCGUUGGCCCACUCCAGGGCUUUCCCACAGAGGCAGGAAACGAGGACGGACACCUUCUCCCACUCCGAUGGCGCCGGUCUGAUGCUGGCGAAGUAAAGUUCCAAUUGGAGGAGGAAUCCCUGGCACAGCACCACCGUCCCAUCAAACGCCGUGGUCAGGAUAUCUGGAUCCUUCCGGGUGCUGGGGUGUAGAUGGCUGGAUCCGGUUGGCCAGCUGGUCUCGACAGAUCGGGUCUUCUCCUCUCCAGGCAUUGGACGACCUGAAGAACCCGAUCCAUUGCUUCCCCCAAGCUGGCCAGCAUCGUGGAAUGCUCCUGGACCCGUGCCACGACUCCAGGCAUGCGCUCUUCUCCCGCUGACUCCAUAGCGGGUGGGUGAUUCUGUGGUGAGUGUGGUGAAAGGAGUCAGGCGCAGGAGGGUAAUCACCGAAUACAGAGUGUAUUCCUUUGUUGACACACAUAUGCGCUCCAAUAGCGAUCAACGAAACAGGCACAGGGGAAACAAACAUCCCUGGCAAUUACACUGUAACGGAAUCCAAUAAUACAAUAGGCACAGGGGGAAAAUCUACCCUGGCAACACAAUGUUAUGAGUAGCUCCACCGAGCUACAUACUCUCACAAUUAACAAUCACCCACAAGGACAGAGGGGCAGAGGGAACACUUAUACACAGACUAAUUAGGGGAUAGGAACCAGGUGUGUGUGAUUGACAAGAUGAGACAAUUGUGAUGAUGAUUGGGGCGGCAGUGGUUAGUAAGCCGGUAACGACGAACGCCGAAGCCUGCCCGAACAAGGAGGGGAGGAAGCCUCGGCCGAAGUCGUGACAGAGGAUAAAGACAAUAGUCGUGUAGUAGGUGUAACUGAGUUAGAAAUGCAUCCCUGGUUUAUUGUGAGUUUACCAAAAUUAAGACACCAUGUCAGAGACGGUAUAGAAAAUGUUACGGUAUAGAAAAUCCCACCAUUAUCUCCGCUUCACGGCUCUGGCUGGUUGCCUUUGGCAAAGAUGCAUUGCUUUGCAAAUGGUGGAUUGCAAGCACUCAUGCUUGAUUUAGAAUGUACUUUUUAGAAUGUUAAAUAAUAUUAGUUAUGAAAGUAUUUUGAGGUCAAAACCAAUGCUGAUUGAUCAAAACCAAGUCUUAAAGGGAUAGUUCACCCAAAUUACAAACUGACUGUCACGAUUGUUGAGAGACAGGUCAGACCAAGGUGCAGCGUGGUAUGCGUACAUAUUUAUUAAUGAAGAUAAAACACUUGACAAAACAACAAAAGCAACGUAACGUGAAGUCCUAUGGGCUAUACUCACAACAAGCCUAACAGGAACACAAACAAGAUCCCACAACUAAGGUAGGCAACCAGGCUACUUAAGUAUGAUGCCCAAUCAGAGACAACGAGCGACAGCUGCCUCUGAUUGGGAAUCACACCCGGCCAAACAUAGAAAUACAAAUACUAGACUCCAACAUAGCAAUACAAUAACGUAGAUCUCAAACUGAACUCACACCCUGACCCAACCAACAAGAGUUCUCUAGGUCAGGACGUGACAGUACCCCCCCCCCCCCCCCCAAAGGUGCGUACUCCGGCCGCACCAACCUAAUUCAUUAGGGGAGGGUCCAGGUGGGCAUUCAGCCUCGGAGGCGGCUCCGGACGUGACGACCUCUCCCUCUCUGCCUCCCCGUUGCGCCCCUGGUCUGGACCUCGGCGCGAUGCUUCCCCUCUCCUUCCUCCCAUGAUGCACCAAGCCCUGUCUGGACCCUGGUGUGGGAGACCCCGAACCUGGAGAGGGGCUGACGUCUGGGCCUGGAUCGGCAAUCCUCCCGCGAUGCACCAAGCCCUGUCUGGACCCUGGUGUGGGAGGCCCCGACCCUGGAGAGGGGCUGACGUCUGGGCCUGGAGUAGAGCCGCUGCCCGGAGCUGAACUGGACCCCGGUGGAGCGGACUGCUCUGGCUCCGGAGUGGAUCCACUGACCGGAGCUGAACUGAACACCGGUGGAGCGAAAUGCUCUGACUCCGGAGUGGAACCGCUGACCGGAGCUGGACUGGGAACACGCACCACUGGUCUGGUGCGAGGAGCAGGCACGGGCCGUGCCGGACUGGAGACACGCACCACUGGUUUGGUGCGGGGAGCAGGUACGGGCCGUACUGGAUUGGAUAUGCGCACCACUGGUUUGGUGCGGGGAGCAGGUACGGGGCGUACCGGGCUGGCGACACGCACCACUGGUUUGGUGCGGGGAGCAGGUACGGGCCGUACUGGACUGGAUACACGCACCACUGGUUUGGUGCGGGGAGCAGGUACGGGGCGUACCGGGCUGGUCGACAUGCACCACUGGUUUGGUGCGGGGAGCAGGUAUGGGUCGACAUGCACCACUGGUUUGGUGCGAGGAGUUGGCACAGGCCGUACCGGGCUGUGGAGGCGCACUGGAGGUCUGGAGCGUAGAGCUGGCACAACCCAUCCUGGCUGGAUGCCCACUUCCGCACGGUACGUGCGUGGCGUUAGCACAGGAUGCACUGGACUGUGCAGGCGCACUGGCGACACAGUGCAUAUCUCCGCACAACAUGGAGCCUGCACGGUCACACGCUUCUUAGCGCGAAUACAGGGAGUUGGCUCUGCUCUGAACCCUGGCUCCGCCAACCACCCCGGGGCUGCUUCUCGGGCUUUCUUCGUGACCGAGUCCUUUUGAGUCGCCAUUUCUCCUCCCUUGCUGCCUCUGUCUGCUCCCAAGGAAGGCGAUCCAUCCCAGCCUGGAUCUCUUCCCAUGUCCAUGAUCCCUUACCAUUUAAUAUAUCCUCUCAAGUCCAUGAUUUCUGCUCCUCCUGGGUACGCUGCUUGGUCCUUGUUUGGUGGGAUCUUCUGUCACGAUCGUUGAGAGACGGGUCAGACCAAGGUGCAGCGUGGUAUGCGUACAUAUUUAUUAAUGAAGAUAAAACACUUGACAAAACAACUAACGUAACGUGAAGUCCUAUGGGCUAUACUCACAACAAGCCUAACAGGAACACAAACAAGAUCCCACAACUAAGGUAGGCAACCAGGCUACUUAAGUAUGAUCCCCAAUCAGAGACAACGAGCGACAGCUGCCUCUGAUUGGGAAUCACACCCGGCCAAACAUAGAAAUACAAAUACUAGACUCCAACAUAGAAAUACAAUAACAUAGAUCUCAAACUGAACUCACACCCUGACCCAACCAACAAGAGUUUUCUAGGUCAGGGCAUGACACUGACAUAUUGGUGUUCUUACCCUGCAAUCCAUGCUUUGGUUUUGUUUCCCCAGGCAUGGUAGCAUUUAUGGCACAAAUCCCAUCGCGCAUCACGUCCAAAUCAUCUAUGUGAUUUUGUUGAGCUACACAAUCAAUUUUAGAUACUUUAGGACACGGUUUCCCAAACUUGGGGUCGCGAAACCAUUUGGGGUUGCCUGAUAUGAAAAUGGGGUUGCGACAGAAAAACUUGUGCUUGGUUCAUAGAACCAGGGUUAGGUCAGUAACCUCCGGUAGCAGCUAGAUGCUGUUGUAAUAAACAGUGGUUUGGUUGCUUCUGUGGGAGUCUGUUAGAUGACUGAAUGUGAUGUAGAUGUUGAGCGGCUUCACUACAAGUAGAUUGUAUGUUUUAAUAUUCAAUAAAAAUAAAAAUAGAAAGAGUGGUUUCUGUUUUCUUCAUACAAAUGUGGCUCUAUCUUGUUUAAGCUACAAAAUAGUAUUACCCCAUCACUGAAAGACAAGACUUAUGAAUACAUACAGUGGGAAAAAAAAGUAUUUAGUCAGCCACCAAUUGUGCAAGUUCUCCCACUUAAAAAGAUGAGAGAGGCCUGUAAUUUUCAUCAUAGGUACACAUCAACUAUGACAGACAAAAUGAGAAAAAAAAAAUCCAGAAAAUCACAUUGUAGGAUUUUUAAUGAAUUUAUUUGCAAAUUAUGGUGGAAAAUAAGUAUUUGGUCAAUAACAAAAGUUUCUCAAUACUUUGUUAUAUACCCUUUGUUGGCAAUGACACAGGUCAAACAGUUUCUGUAAGUCUUCACAAGGUUUUCACACACUGUUGCUGGUAUUUUGGCCCAUUCCUCCAUGCAGAUCUCCUCUAGAGCAGUGAUGUUUUGGGGCUGUCGCUGGGCAACACAGACUUUCAACUCCCUCCAAAGAUUUUCUAUGGGGUUGAGAUCUGGAGACUGGCUAGGCCACUCCAGGACCUUGAAAUGCUUCUUACGAAGCCACUCCUUCGUUGCCCGGGCGGUGUGUUUGGGAUCAUUGUCAUGCUGAAAGACCCAGCCACGUUUCAUCUUCAAUGCCCUUGCUGAUGGAAGGAGGUUUUCACUCAAAAUCUCACUAUACAUGGCCCCAUUCAUUCUUUCCUUUACGCGGAUCAGUCGUCCUGGUCCCUUUGCAGAAAAACAGCCCCAAAGCAUGAUGUUUCCACCCCCAUGCUUCACAGUAGGUAUGGUGUUCUUUGGAUGCAACUCAGCAUUCUUUGUCCUCCAAACACAACGAGUUUUUACCAAAAAGUUAUAUUUUGGUUUCAUCUGACCAUAUGACAUUCUCCCAAUCCUCUUCUGGAUCAUCCAAAUACACUCUAGCAAACUUCAGACGGGCCUGGACAUGUACUGGUUUAAGCAGGGGGACACGUCUGGCACUGCAGGAUUUGAGUCCCUGGCGGCGUAGUGUGUUACUGAUGGUAGGCUUUGUUAUUUGGUCCCAGCUCUCUGCAGGUCAUUCACUAGGUCCCCCCGUGUGGUUCUGGGAUUUUUGCUCACCGUUCUUGUGAUCAUUUUGACCCCACGGGGUGAGAUCUUGCGUGGAGCCCCAGAUCGAGGGAGAUUAUCAGUGGUCUUGUAUGUCUUCCAUUUGCUAAUAAUUGCUCCCACAGUUGAUUUCUUCAAACCAAGCUGCUUACCUAUUGCAGAUUCAGUCUUCCCAGCCUGGUGCAGGUCUACAAUUUUGUUUCUGGUGUCCUUUGACAGCUCUUUGGUCUUGGCCAUAGUGGAGUUUGGAGUGUGACUGUUUGAGGUUGUGGACAGGUGUCUUUUAUACUGAUAACAAGUUCAAACAGGUGCCAUUAAUACAGGUAACGAGUGGAGGACAGAGGAGCCUCUUAAAGAAGAAGUUACAGGUCUGUGAGAGCCAGAAAUCUUGCUUGUUUGUAGGUGACCAAAUACUUAUUUUCCACCAUAAUUUGCAAAUACAUUUUAAUUUUUCAUUUUCUCAAUUUGUCUGUCAUAGUUGACGUGUACCUAUGAUGAAAAUUACAGGCCUCUCUCAUCUUUUUAAGUGGGAGAACUUGCACAAUUGGUGGCUGACUAAAUACUUUUUUUCCCCACUGUAUGUACGUACUGUUUCCCUCAACUAUACCCACAAGCCAUUAGAACCGAGUGGACAAGACCAAGCACUAAAUAAGACUGGUGAUGAUGUUCUGCUUCCCUGCUUUAGGAUGAUUUGGACAUGAAAUAGUGCCAGAGAAACAAAACCAAAGCAUGGAUUGCUGUUAUACCUUGUCCAUAGACUGCUUAUGUAGCACAUGGAGAUGUGUGAAACUUUCUCCUCAGCCCGAAGUGUCCCUACUUGCACCACUGAAUAGCUAGUUUUUCAUGUAGUGCAACUGGUAAGGCACUUUGGAAGGUCGGUCACAUGUGCUAGCAAGGGGGAGGUCCUGGGUUUGAGCCUUGGUGUGAGCCGAAGCGGGACUCGCUAAGCCUAUUCCCCCUCAGGAGACUGAAAAGAUUUGGCAUGGGUCCUCAGAUCCUCAAAAAAUUAUACAGCUGCACCAUCGAGAGCAUCCUGACUGGUUGCAUCACCGCCUGGUAUGGCAACUGGCAAGCUUCCUGCCAUCCAGGACCUCUAUACCAGGCGGUGUCAGAGGAAGGCCCUCAAAAUUGUCAAAGACUCCAGCCACCCUAGUCAUAGACUGUUCUCUCUGCUACCGCACGGCAAGCGGUACCGGAGUGCCAAGUCUAGGUCCAAAAGACUUCUCAACAGCUUCUACCCCCAAGCCAUAAGACUCCUGAACAGCUAAUCAUGGCUACCCGGACUAUUUGCACUGCCCCCCCACCCCAUCCUUUUACGCUGCUGCUACUCUGUUAAUUAUUUAUGCAUAGUCACUUUAACUCUACCCACAUGUACAUAUUACUUCAACUACCUCAACUAGCCGGUGCCCCCGCACAUUGACUCUGCACCGGUACCCCCCUGUAUAUAUAGCCUCCCUACUGUUAUUUUAUUUUACUUCUGCUCUUUUUUUCUCAACACUUUUUUUGUUGUUGUUUUAUUUUUACUUUUUUGUUAAAAAUAAAUGCACUGUUGGUUAAGGGCUGUAAGUAAGCAUUUCACUGUAAUGUCUGCACCUGUUGAAUUCGGCGCAUGUGGCCAAUAACAUUUGAUUUGAUUUGAUUUGAUCAGCUUGACAUCUGUUACAGAGGGUGCAAGUGACUCGAAUAUACAGUUGUGCUCAGCUCAUCGCUGUUGAGUAAGUUUUGGGGGUGAAUAUAGCACAUGGGGAUGUGUGAAACGCUUGUCCAUGCCCAGGGCGCUGUUCGAGAGACGCGGCGCUCCGUCAAAGCAAUCUAACAUAAAUCACGUAGCGGCUACAUUUGGGGAUAUCUUAGGUAUACAGUGCCUUCAGAAAGUAUUCUUACCCCUUGACUUAAUCCACAUUUUGUUGUGUUACAGCCUGAAUUCAAAUGGAUAAAAACAAAUAUUAGUGUUUUCAAAUUGAUUGAAAAUGAAAUAUGUAAAUGAGUCAAAGUCAAUACUUUGUAGAAGCACCUUAGUCGUCUUAGGUAUGUCUGUAUCAGCUUUGCACAUCUGGAUUUGGGGAUUUUCUCCCAUUCUUCCUUCUCUAGCUCUGUUAAGUUAAGUUAAAUGGGAAGUGGCGGUGAACAGCAAUCUUUCCACAGAUUUACAAUGGGAUUCAAGUCUGGGCUUUUGAAGGGCCACACUAGGACUUUCACAUUCUUGUUCUGAAGCCAUUCCAGCAUUGCUUUUGUUGUAUGCCUGGGGUCAUUGUCCUGUUGGAACAUAAAUCUUUGCCCCAGUCUAAGGUCGUUGGCACUUUGAAGCAGGUUCUCAUCAAGGACUUGCCUGUAUUUGGCUCCAUUCAUUGUUCUCUCUAUCCUUAACAGUCUCCCAGUUCCGCUGAAAAACAUACCCAUAGUGUGAUUUUGCCACCAGCAUGCUUCACGGUAGGGAUGGUGUUAAACGGGUGAUGAUCUUUGCCUGGUUUUCUCCAGACAUAGCACUUUGCAUUCAGGCCACAAAGUUCAAUUUCUGUCUCAUCAGACAGAGGAAUCUUUUGCCUUAUGAUCUCAGAGUCUUUCCCGUGACUUUUUGCUAAUUCCAGGCGUGCUGUCAUUUGCCUUUUUUUCUAGGAGUGGCUAGCCACUCUCCCAUAAAGCCCAGAUUGGUGAAGUGCUGUAGAGACUGUUAUCCCAUCUCAGCCAAGGAACAAUGACAAUGUUUACAUGUGCACAGUAUUCCGGUUAGUAGCUCACAUCUCGCUUAAACCUAGAGUCGAAAUUGCAUAAUAAAAAAAUCCCCAUAAAAAUAUGUUCAUUUUUUUUUUGCAUUGGAUGUGUCUCAAUUCACCGCAUCCGCCGAUAUAGCACUUCCGCAUUUGCUGUGAAAGGUGACAGAGCUAGAGCGGUGUUUGUCAGACCAUGAUAUCCCUAAAAUCGGUCUUCACAAAAUCGUCUGUAGCGCCCAAACAGACCCCUCUAUGGCAGGAACUCUGUAUUUUGACCACUCUAUGGAAAGAUGAGACUCUCACGAACAUGAUGGUUUUCUCCGUUUUGCUCUACUGCCCCACAAAUGUCUUGGGACUUGUCUGAAGUCGGUACAGAUGAUCUGCCAACUUCUGUAGCACAUGGUUUAUGAACUGGUACAAAAAACAACACUUGAUUCACAGUUUUUCCCAUUUAAAAUUAUUACAUACAAUUCUUGCCACUAACAGAAUGCUAUAUAUAUGGGGCAUACAACAAUCUCAGCUCUGUAGAUUUUGCUGAAAAGAGACAGAAUCACUAGAUAAUGUAUUCUGGAAUUGCCCCUAUGUAGCUUGUUUCUGGUCACAGGUCCAGGAAUGGUUAAAAAAAAAUCACAACUUUCACUUAAAAUUAACCUUACAAAUAGCAGUGUUGGGCGAUAGCCAUAGUCAGUCAAUAAAUCAUAUAAUACUCGUAGGAAAGUUUUAUCUUUAGCUCACAAUCUGUGGAUACUAUACGAUUAGAAAGGUUCAAAAUGUAAGGAAAACAUCACAGCACAAUUGAAAAAUAUAUAGCAUAUGGAAACCAAACGAGGGUGGUCUAUGGUGAUAGGUGGGAUGGGCUGAGAGUGGCUGAGGGGAGGGAUUAAAGAGCUUAUGUUUGGUUUCUAAUGCUCGUGGCUUAAUUGCCCAACAUCACUAAUGCUCUUAUGGCGGAAUGAAAGCAUGUGAAGUGGUAGGCCACACAAGCUCACAGAACAGGACCGCUGAGUGCUGUAGCACGUAGCGCGUAAAAAUCAUCUGCCCUGACCUCAACCCCAUCAAACAACUUUGGGAUGAAUUGGAAAGCCGACUGCGAGCCAGGCCUAAUUGCCCAACAUCAGUGCCAGACCUCACUAAUGCUCUUGUGGCUGAAUGAAAGCAAGUCCCCGCAGCAAUGUUCCAACAUCUAGUGGAAAGCCUUCCCAGAAGAGUGGAGGCUGUUAUAGCAGCAAAGGGGGGACCAACUCCAUAUUAAUGUCCACAUGCCUUUGCUCAUGUAGUGUAUUAUGAAGGCUACAACCUUCUGUCUGAAAGUAACGAAUAUUGCAGUUACACAAGCAGGACAUAGUACCUACACAUUGCAUUUGAGCAAAAACCAUCUUCAUUUUGUGUGAUGAUGUAGGCUAAUCUUUAUAGUUGCUGUCAUAUCGAAACCACUACCCAGAGUUGCUGAAAGAGAACACUACUACUUUGACUGCCUGUCUGCCUCCUGCUAUAGCCAAUGUUUGCAAUGAUGUCUGUAUUGCUUGUGUUUGAUACGCUGCCUAGAUAGCUGAAUGUAACUCCCAACGUGAGUUUUGCAUUGGGGGGGUGGGAACAGCUGCGUUUUAACCACAUACAGGCUCUUUAACUGCUAUUUCACAUCUCAGUAGAGCCCCACAGUGGAGGUGUCAUAAUACCCAUAAAACCUAGCGGUCAAACAGUGAAAUGGUUCCUAUCGUUUUUCCACCCUUAAUUUUUCCCAUAGGGGAUUUUAGAAACACUUAAAAUAAAGGCUGUGUUUCAUGUAGGCUUACCCUGGCGUGACGUUUUGAUAACCAUGUAAAUCUCUCUCGGACAAGGUGACUUUUAUCAAUAUAGUCGGCCUCAUUUACUCUGAUUCGAAAAUGCUAAUUAGCACCAAAGUAGACAUCAUGCAAAACUACAAAUCCCUGCACGCCAUCUCUAACUGACACCUUUGCUAACAGGUAUUUGUCAAUUUAAAACUUGCACGACAGUUCACAGAAUUGUCCAUUUAAAGAAAUGUUGCCAAUUACUACAUUUAGCUAACAUUAGAUUAUCACGUUUCAGGAGAAGACCCAGAUGCAGACAGUGUCGAAGUCACAAAAGUUUAUUACAAAAACAGGGGGCAGGCAAACGACAGGUCAAAGGCAGGCAGAGGUCAGUAAUCCAGGGUGGUGUUACAAGGUACAGAACGGCAGGCAGAAUGGUCAAAACUAGAAAACAUGAACUUGAGAAAGACAGGAGCAAGGGGAAAAACGUUGGUUGGCUUGACAAAACAAAACGAACUGGCAACAGACAAAUAUAAAUAUACUGGGGAAGAUGGGCGACACCUGGAGGGAGGUGGAGACAAUCACAAAGACAGGUGAAACAGAUCAGGGUGCAACAGUACCCCCUGGGCUCAUACUCUUCUGGGGUGCCAGCGUUGAAACUCAGCGAUGAGGCCUAGGUCCAGGAUGUCCCUAGCGAGGCCAUAACCAUCCCAGUCAACCAGGUACUGGAAUACCCUGCCCCGAGGUCGAAUCUUCAGGAGAUGCUUCACCGUGUACGCCGGGUGGCUGACAGGGGAGAUGGGUGGGCCUGGAAACAGGAGACAAGGGGCUGUGAGACAUGGGUUUGAUCACAGACACAUGAAAAGUGGGAUGGGUACGGGGCACAGAAGACGAACAGCAGAGGGGCUAAUGAUCUUGGAGAUGGGGAAAGAGACGAUAAACCGGGGUGAAAGUUUGCCGGACUUCACCCGGAGGGGCAGAUCUCGGGUGGACAGCCAUACCUUCCGUCCGAGACGAUACAGGGGAGCUGGGGUCCGGUGGCGGUUCGCUUGUCAUCGAUACCUGACGGUGGUUUUGAGAAGAGCCGACCAGGCUCUCCUCCAGGUACGACGACAGCGGCGAACAAACAUCUAGGCCGAGGGUAUGCCGAACUCUUGCUCUUGCUCCAGGAAGAGAGGGGGCUGAUAACCCAGGGAACACUCAAAGGGCGAAAGACCCGUGGCAGAGCAGGGAAGGGUGUUGCGGGCGUAUUCGACCCACACUAGUUGCUGGCUCCAGGUGGUGGGGUUGGCGACCAGGCAGCGCAGAGUCGUCUCCAGGUCUUGGUUGGCUCGCACCGACUGGCCAUUGGACUGAGGGUGGAAACGGGAGGACAGGCUGGCCGACGACCAAUGAGUGUGCAGAACGCCUUCCAGAACCGGGACGAGAACUGAGGACCCCGAUCAGAGACCAUGUCCACUGGGAGUCCAUAGCUCCAAAAGACGUGCUGCACCAUGAGCUGGGCCAUCACAUUGGCAGAGGGUAGCUUGGGGAGAUGAAUGAAGUGGGCGGCUUUGGAAAACCGGUCCACAACAGUCAAGAUGGCGGUGUUGCCAUCAGACGAGGGAAGACCCAUGACAAAGUCCAGGGAUAUAUGAGACCAGGGACGGUGAGGAACAGGCAAAGGUUGGAGGAGACCAGCCGGAGCUUGCUGAGGAGUCUUGUUCUGCGCACAGAUUGUGCAGGCGGCGAGGAACGUGGAGACAUCAGGAACCAUGGUAGGCCACCAAAAGCGUUGUCGCACAAAGGCCAGGGUCCGACGGGAGCCCGGGUGGCAGGCAAGCCUGGAGGAGUGGGCCCACCCCAGGCCCAAGGAGCGGACAGCGUCAGGAACAAACAUCCGGUUAUCUGCCGGGGAAGAUGGGCGACACCUGGAGGGGGUGGAGACAAUCACAAAGACAGGUGAAACAGAUCAGGGUGUGACAUAGAUAGUUAAUCCAGAGAUUCUUACCUUUGCCUCGAUUCGGCAGUCUCGUCCAGAUCUUCAUGGCAUUUGAAGUUCUUUAUGAUAGCCACAUUAGCAGCUAAUUAGUGUUUCAUUUUCGGGGGAUAAAGACAGGCGAAUAUAUUGAUAAAAGUCACCUUAUCAAAAUGUCACGCCAGGGUAAACCUACACGAAACACAGCCCUUAUUUUAAGUGUUUCUAAAAUCCCCUAUGGGAUCCCUAACCAUUUCCCUGUGUGACCGCUAGGUUUAUGGGUAUUAUGACUGUGGUACUCUAUGAUCAUCCUAUUGAAGCUACAUAUUGGUUACAAGCCAGGUUUCCAUCCAACCUUUUUAUGCGAGUGAAGUACAUCAGAUUAAAAAUGUCAUGACAGGCCUGAAGGAAACAGCAAAUUUGUCUGUAAACUUCCAAAUGUUGACAAAAGAAAAAACGCUAGACAAGGUGGUAUCUUUUUAUGACGGUAAAAUGUGUCAUACAAGAAACGCUUUUAUGCGCAAAUAUUGAUGUAAUAACCAUCAUAUCGAAGUAAACUGGAAGUCACCCCAUAUGUUGUAUGGUCCUCCCACUACAACUCGGGAAAGCGUGCAGGUUAUUAGGCUACAGAUGAAAUAAAUUAUGAACUUCACAGUGUGGUGAAACUGCACGAUGAUGAGCUUGAUGUUUCUUUACAAUACAUUUCGAGGGUUUUAUUCUGGUGACGUGAUAUCGAUGCUUGGCUGCCGUUUGACAAAUAAAAAUAAUCGGGCACUUUUGUCCAUAAUAAUCUCAUCAUAUGUAGGCUAUACCCGCACUGUAUCUGCGAGCUGUUAGCUAGAGUGCACGUUUCCAUGCCAGAGUGGGCACAUUCACUAUAUACACAAAAUUUUUUGUGACAAAACCAUCCGCAGAGUUGAAAAUGCUAUGGAAACCCAUUUAAAGCCAUUUAAUAUGUACUUUUUUGGGCAACCGGACCAAAUUAACAUAUAAUUAUGUGUUAUAGAUCUGUCAUUCUCAUUGAAAGCAAGUCUAAUAAGCGGUAGAUCUGUUCUAUGUGUGCUAUUUCUAUGCUUCCUGUGCUUAAGUGUAAUUUUUGCUUCUUUUGCUUCUUUACCUUCGGUUUUGUACACCAGAUUCAAACAGCAAAAAUACAAUAUUUUUGGUUAUGUAAAAUAUAUUUCACAGCGGUUUAGAUGGUACAAUGCUUUUCUUGCUUAGGCAAACUAUUAGGAUUUUUGCAACCAUGAAAUGGUGGGGCGUUUUCUGCAUAGUGUGCAUCUUUAACUUGUAUUUGUUAUUCGGUACAUGUGAAUUUAACUGCAAAAUAAAUGUUUUAUUAUGUCAUUAUGCAGUGACGUUCCGCCGCAACAAAAUGGAAAUACAUCUCUGAUGGAAAAAUGCGCAUAUUGUUUUUAUGUUGAUUUUAUAAUAUUCGUAUGAAAAUCUGUCAUCCAUUUAGUUGGAUACCUAGCUUUGUCGACAAAACAAAAUAAGCUAGACAAGGUGGGAUAUGUUUUUGGUCUGUGAAAUUGAUUGUGACAAUUGCGAUGGAAACGCUUUUAUGCGCAAAUAUUCAUAGAAAAACCACCCUGUUGCAGUAAACUUGGAGUUACACAAUAAUGUUGUACCCUACUACAACCACAACAUGGAAAAGCAUGCAGAAUUUAUAGGCAGAUGGAAUAAGUUAGGAUGAACUUCAUCACUUAUUUCAUAACUUCAUAACUUAUUGUGGUUAUGUGCACGGUGAUGAGCUUCAUGCAAAUGUCCAAUAAAUAUGAGGGUAGGCUAUCAUUUGAACGAUGCUGGUGACAUGUUGCUUGGAUACCCACAUUUCUUGCUCCAGCCAAACGCUACGCCAUGCCCACGGACGUUAGUUUCUUCUCCGAAAUGAGUCUAGAUCUGAGUACCUCCCUAGCACAAAGUUUCUAAACCUAGAGGCACAACAUCGUGAGACUUCCAGGAACGCUUGCGAAACAAACGAAGCAGACCAGGCCGAGGUUUAAGAAGUCAAUGAGAGAAGUGAACAAUUAUUCCUUAGUUGUUAAUUUUCUUGAAAUCUAAAGGCAUAACAACCUAAGAAGAAUUCGAGCCAAUGUCUUAAGUAGUUGAACAUGUUGUUACUCCAACCUCGUGAAAGUGACAAACUGACACGUUUUCAUUUUUGUCAAAAACAAUAUUAUAUCGAAGGAGUGCCUUUGAUUUGACAGCCUGCACAUACUCAGUUCGGCGCGUGAUGACUGUUAGACCCAAUGACGUAUUUCUAUUUUCAACUUAACUUCCGGAAGUAGGAACUCCGCUCAUACAUCUUUCUUUCAAUGCCUGCUACGUUAGGUUAUUAAAACGGGGAGAAUAUGCUUACUUUCUUUAUGAAACACCAUUUUCCACACAGCAUCUGGGAAUAGCAUUAGCCACUACUGUUGAGUAGUGCUGAGCGAUUACAACUAAUUGACCGACAUCGGAUUCAUUCUUUGAAUUCUAUUUAGUUCGGGUUGUUUCUGUGAGCUCAAUUCGCAGUUUCUCUAGAGAGAAAUCAGAUCAAGCCCAAACUGUGCAAUGUAGUAGGGAGUUAUAGUUUCCAACAGGCCAAUAUUCUACACAGUUUCAUGCAGAAAACUGUGUGGGGCAGACAAGGAGAGGGAGAGAAGAGAGAAGGGAUAGAGAGCAGUUACUUUACGAGGUAUCUAUACCGAAAAUACAUGAUCUAAGUGAUUGACAGUUGGUAUUCAGCAGUCAUAAAAGUAUGUCUUAUUUACUUUGAAAAACUACUCAAAUUGUGAUUUUGUCUGACAGCAUAGGCGGCUGUCUAGAUUAGAUGAUGACUUGGAAUCAAAUAAAACAAAUGUAAUAUACCCAUCAACUGAAAUGUUUUAUUAAAAUAAAGUAAUGUGAAUAAAUUAUGGUUAAUAAGUGAUAAACAGUAAUGGGCACUCACUACCAUCAAGAGACCUCAAAAAGCACUAAUCGCUCAGCACUGUUAGCCACUGUAGCAUUAUGGUGAAAAAUUGUGUUUCAUAAAGAAAGUAAGCAUAUUUUCCCCAUUUCUUUCCCACGUUCUCGCCAUUAAAUCGUGUUAAGGAGGAAAUUGCCGCCUUUGCCGCCUGAAUGGAGAAUGGUUUAUGUACGAACCGUCCAUGGGGGAUACGUGUGUAUAACAAGCUGCAUACAUACCCUUUGGUUGGCAAGAUUAAACGACUCAAUAUCACCAUCUGCCGGGCUUAGGUUACUCUGGGUGCUAACAUUUGCAUAUUUUUUCGAUGCAGGAUGAAAAUCUGUUGUCAAUUGGAUGGAAACCUAGCGAAUGUUGCCAAUUUAGCGACUUUGUCGCUAUAUUUUGUGAGUUUUCAGACACCUCCAACAAAUGUUAUUGGUAAAAGAGGCUAGUGAUAAAUUCAGCUACUUUUCAGGCUGCCUUUGGGGAGUUUAAAUAUUUUGCCAAUCAAAUACAAAUCAACAUAUCAGCCUGGAUCAAAAUGACACUUUAGCGCGUCUGUGUUUGCAUUACCUGCAUGUGUACAAGACGAGCCAUUGCUCAAGGAGAGAGAGACAGUCGGACAUUGCUGCAGCAGGUAGCCUAUAAAAUAAAUCAAAUUGUAUUUGUCAUAUGCGCCCAAUACGACUGGUGUAGACUUUACUGUGAAAUGCUUGCUUACGAGCCCUUCCCAACAAUGCUGUUUAAAAAUAUAAAUAAAAUAGUAACACAAGGAAUAAAAUAAAAUACACAAGAAUGGAUGUAAUUUGAGUGUCCCAGAUGUACAUUUACUAUCUUACGUUUAGUCUAUGAGACCAGGCUGGCUAAAUGACUCAAAUGUACAAAUGUAAAUUUAGCAGUCUGGCUAUUUAGCAGUUUUAUGGCUUGGGGGUAGAAGCUUUCUCGGAGCAUGAUGGUCCGAGAACCGAUGCUUCGGUACCAUUUGCCGGAUGGUAGCAAUGUGAACUGUCUAUGGCUUCGGUGGCUGGAGUCUUUGGCAAUUCUUUAGGCCUUCCUUUGACACUGCCUGAUAUAGAGGUCCUGGGUGGCAGGGAGCUUGGCCCCAGUGAUGUACUGGGCUGUGCGCACCACCCUCUGUAGCGCUUUGCGGCCAAGGGCGGUGCAUUUGCCAUACCAAGCAGUGAUGCAGCCAAUCAAGAUGCUCUCAAUGGUGCAGCUGAAUAACUUUUUGACAAAUCUUUUCAACCUCCUGAGGGAGAAGAGGCGCUUGGUCUUACUGCCAUUGAGGGAGAGGUUGUUAUCCUGGCACCACACUGCUAAGUCUCUGACCUGCUCCCUGUAGGCUGACUCAUCGCCGUCUGUGAUCACCGUUGUGUCCUCAGCAAAUUUAAUGAUGGUGUUGGAGUUGUGCGUGACCACACAAUUGUGAGAGUACAGGAGGGGACUAAGCACACACCCCUGAGGGGCCCCCGUGUAGAGGGUCAGCGUGGCGGAGGUGUUGUUGCCUACCAUCACCACCUGGGGCCGGCCUGUCAGGAAGUCCAGGAUCCAGUUGCAGAAGGAGGGGUUCAGUUUCAGAGUCCCUAGCUUGGUGAUGAGCUUGGAGAAGACUAUGGUGUUGAACGCUGAGCUGUAGUCUAUGAACAGCAUUCUCACAUAGUUAUUCCCCCUCUGGUCCAGGUGGGCGAGGGCAGUGUGAAGUGCAAUUGAGAUUGCAUCAAAUAUGAUAGAGAACAGACUAAUAACUAGGUAGCCAAUUCAAAAACAGAUCUUGCACCCUUUAGUUAACUGUUUAGCUAUUAUUAGCAUGUAUUAAUGUUUUCGUCAUGUCCCAAAAAACUUUCCACCAACACUCGCAAAUAAGGCCAUACAAAGUUGAUUUGCUUUUUUGAACAAUUCAUAUGAUUCAUUUAAACUAUUAUUUUUUAUGAAACUAACGAUUCACUUCGCCAUUGUAUUAGUUGGAAUUCGGUUCAAUAGCGGUGAAUCGAAUACUGUGAAUCAAAAUAAUAAUUUGUGAAUCACAAACAGUUAUUUUUUGAUUAUAUGGGACAUUGCAACUCAAUAGAUGCUAGUCAGCCUGCAAAGUAAACACUUCUAAGGUAGAAAGUGCCCAUCCCUGCCAAGGUGGUAGAACCCACUCCACCCAAGGUGAUUGAGACCACCCCAGCCAAGGAGGAAGUGCCCAUCCCAGCCAAGGUGGAAGUGCCCACCCUAGCCAAGGUGGAAGUGACCACCCCUGCUCUCAGGGUGGAGAAGCCCAUUUCUACUGCUGCUGCCAAGUUGGUGAAAACUACACCUGUCCAUGUUGCCUUUAACAAGGUCACCCAGAUGACAGGUACACUCACCUUUUCUUCCUGUUUAUUUCAGAUAGUCAAAGUCUCUGACUAUGUGUCUGUCUCUCUCUAUAUAUAUUAAUUUUCUUCCUUCAGACUUACAUUCCCUUAAAUCAAUGUUGGAUCGUCUAAAACACUGGUUCCCAAACUGUGGGGUGAGGGGUCGGCAGGGGGAUGCGGAUGGAAAGGUAGGGGGAGAUUAACAAAUGCAAAACAAAUACAUGCAUACACUACCGUUCAAAAGUUUGGGGUAUCCAUUAAAAUAACAUCAAAUUGAUCAGAAAUACAGUGUAGACAUUGUUAAUGUUGUAAAUGGCUAUUGUAGCUGGAAACGGCUGACUUUUAAUGGAAUAUCUACAUAGGUGUACAGAGGCCCAUUAUCAGCAACCAUCAGUCCUGUGUUCCAAUGGCACGUUGUGUUUGCUAAUCCAAGUUUAUCAUUUUAAAAGGCUAAUUGAUCAUUAGAAAACCCUUUUGCAAUUGUGUUAGCACAGCUGAAAACAGUUGUGCUGAUUAAAGAAGCAAUAAAACUGGCCUUCUUGAGACUAGUUGAGUAUCUGGAGCAUCAGCAAUUGUGGGUUCGAUUACAGGCUCAAAAUGGCCAGAAACAAAUAACUUUCUUCUGAAACUCAUCAGUCUAUUCUUGUUCUGAGAAAUGAAGGCUAUUCCAUGAGAGAAAUUGCCAAGAAACUGAAGAUCUUGUAUAACGCUGUGUACUACUCCCUUCACAGAACAGCGCAAACUGGCUCUAACCAGAAUAGAAAGAGGAGUGGGAGGCCCCGGUGCACAACUGAGCAAGAGGACAAAUACAUUAGAGUGUCUAGUUUGAGAAACAGACGCCUCACAGGUCCUCAACUGGCAGCUUCAUUAAAUAGUACCCGCAAAACACCAGUCUCAACGUCAACAGUGAAGAGGCGACUCCGGGAUGCUGACCUAGGCAGAGUUGCAAAGAAAAAGCCAUAUCUCAGACUGGCCAAUAAAAAUAAAAGAUUAAGAUGGACAAAAGAACACAUACACUGGACAGAGGAAGAUUGGAAAAAAGUUUUAUGGACAGACGAAUCGAAGUUUGAGGUGUUCGGAUCACAAAGAAGAACAUGCUGGAGGAGUGCUUGAUGCCAGCUGUCAAGCAUGGUGGAGGCAAUGUGAUGGUCUUGGGGUGCUUUGGUGGUGGUAAAGUGGGAGAUUUAUACAGGGUAAAAGGGAUCUUGAAGAAGGAAGACAGAUAUCAAGAGGAUUACAUUCAGUAUGGAUUCACAUGCCUCAUGGUCGAUGGGGAUCCACAUCCACAAUAUGUUGUGUUUGGAUGUGCUAGCAAAUUACAGUUUGAAGCCAGUGAAACUGAAGAGACAUUUACACACCAAACACAUUUACAUUUACAUUUACGUCAUUUAGCAGACGCUCUUAUCCAGAGCGACUUACAAAUUGGUGCAUUCACCUUAUAGCCAGUGGGAUAACCACUUUACAAUGUUUUUAUUUUUUUUGGGGGGGUGGGGUAAGGGGGGUGGUAGAAGGAUUACUUUAUCCUAUCCCAGGUAUUCCUUAAAGAGGUGGGGUUUCAAAUGUCUCCGGAAGGUGGUGAGUGACUCCGCUGUCCUGGCGUCGUGAGGGAGCUUGUUCCACCAUUGGGGUGCCAGAGCAGCGAACAGUUUUGACUGGGCUGAGUGGGAACUGUGCUUCCACAGAGGUAGGGGAGCCAGCAGGCCAGAGGUGGAUGAACGCAAUGCCCUCGUUUGGGUGUAGGGACUGAUCAGAGCCUGAAGGUACGGAGGUGCUGUUCCCCUCACAGCUCCGUAGGCAAGCACCAUGGUCUUGUAGCAGAUGCGAGCUUCAACUGGAAGCCAGUGGAGUGUGCGGAGGAGCGAGGUGACGUGAGAGAACUUGGGAAGGUUGAACACCAGACGGGCUGCGGCAUUCUGGAUGAGUUGUAGGGGUUUAAUGGCACAGGCAGGGAGCCCAGCCAACAGCGAGUUGCAGUAAUCCAGAUGGGAGAUGACAAGUGCCUGGAUUAGGGCCUGUGCCGCUUCCUGUGUAAGGCAGGGUCGUACUCUCCGAAUGUUGUAGAGCAUGAACCUACAGGAUUGGGUCACCGCCUUGAUGUUAGCGGAGAACGACAGGGUGUUGUCCAGGGUCACGCCAAGGCUCUUCGCACUCUGGGAGGAGGACACAACGGAGUUGUCAACCGUGAUGGCGAGAUCAUGGAACGGGCAGUCCUUCCCCGGGAGGAAGAGCAGCUACGUCUUAUCAAGGUUCAGCUUGAGGUGGUGAUCCGUCAUCGAUACUGAUAUGUCUGCCAGACAUGCAGAGAUGCGAUUCGCCACCUGGUUAUCAGAAGGGGGAAAGGAGAAGAUUAGUUGUGUGUCGUCUGCGUAGCAAUGAUAGGAGAGGCCAUGUGAGGAUAUGACAGAGCCAAGUGACUUGGUGUAUAGCGAGAAUAGGAGAGGGCCUAGAACUGAGCCCUGGGGGACACCAGUGGUGAGAGCACGUGGUGCGGAGACAGCUUCUCGCCACGCCACUUGGUAGGAGCGACCGGUCAGGUAGGACGCAAUCCAAGAGUGAGCCGCGCCGGAGAUGCCCAGCUCGGAGAGGGUGGAGAGGAGGAUCUGAUGGUUCACAGUAUCAAAGGCAGCAGACAGGUCUGGAAGGACAAGAGCAGAGGAGAGAGAGUUAGCUUUAGCAGUGCGGAGAGCCUCUGUGACACAGAGAAGAGCAGUCUCAGUUGAAUGACCAGUCUUGAAACCUGACUGGUUUGGAUCAAGAAGGUCAUUCUGAGAGAGAUAGCAAGAGAGUUGACUAAAGACGGCACGCUCAAUAGUUUUGGAGAGAAAAGAAAGAAGGGAUACUGGUCUGUAGUUGUUGACAUCAGAGGGAUCGAGUGUUGGUUUUUUGAGAAGGGGUGCAACUCUCGCUCUCUUGAAGACGGAAGGGACAUAGCCAGCGGUCAAGGAUGAGUUGAUCAGCGAGGUGAGGUAAGGGAGAAGGUCACCAGAGAUGGUCUGGAGAAGAGAGGAGGGGAUAGGGUCAAGCAGGCAGGUUGUUGGGCGGCCGGCCGUCACAAGUCGCAAGAUUUUAUCUGGAGAGAGAGGGGAGAAAGAAGUCAAAGCAUAGGGUAGGGCAGUGUGAGCAGGACCAGCAGUGUCAUUUGACGUAACAAACGAGGAUCGGAUGUCGUCAACCUUCUUUUCAAAAUGGUUGACGAAGUCAUCCACAGAGAGGGAGGAGGGGGAGGGGGAGGAGGAUUCAGCAGGGAGGAGAAGGUGGCAAAGAGCUUCCUAGGAGGCAGAUGCUUGGAAUUUAGAGUGGUAGAAAGUGGCCUUAGCAGCAGAAACAGAUGAAGAAAAUGUAGAGAGGAGGGAGUGAAAAGAUGCCAGGUCCGCAGGGAGUCUAGUUUUCCUCCAUUUCCGCUCGGCUGCCCAGAGCCCUGUUCUGUGAGCUCGCAAUGAGUCAUCAAGCCACGGAGCUGGAGGGGAGGACCGAGCCGGCCGGGUGUAUAGGGGACAUAGAGAGUCAAAGGAUGCAGAAAGGGAGGAGAGGAGGGUUGAGGAGGCAGAAUCAGGAGAUUGGAGGGAGAAGGAUUGAGCAGAGGGAAGAGAUGAUAGGAUGGAAGAGGAGAGAGUAGCGGGAGAGAGAGAGCGAAGGUUGCGACGGCGCAUUACCAUCUGAGUAGGGGCAGAGUGAGUAGUGUUGGAGGAGAGCGAGAGAGAAAAGGAUACAAAGUAGUGGUCGGAGACAUGGAGGGGAGUUGCAGUGAGAUGAGUAGAAGAACAGCAUCUAGUAAAGAUGAGGUCAAGCGUAUUGCCUGCCUUGUGAGUAGGGGGGGACGGUGAGAGGGUGAGGUCAAAAGAGGAGAGGAGUGGAAAGAAGGAGGCAGAGAGAAAUUAGUCAAAGGUAGACGUAGGGAGGUUGAAGUCCCCCAGAACUGUGAGGGGUGAGCCAUCCUCAGGAAAGGAACUUAUCAAGGCGUCAAGCUCAUUGAUGAACUCUCCAAGGGAACCUGGAGGGCGAUAAAUGACAAGGAUGUUAAGCUUAAAUGGGCUAGUGACUGUGACAGCAUGGAAUUCAAAUGAGGAGAUAGACAGAUGGGUCAGGGGAAAAAUAGAGAAUGUCCACUUGGGAGAGAUGAGGAUUCCUGUGCCACCACCCCGCUGACCAGAUGCUCUCGGGGUAUGCGAGAACACAUGGUCAGACGAGGAGAGAGCAGUAGGAGUAGCAGUGUUUUCAGUGGUAAUCCAUGUUUCCGUCAGCGCCAAGAAGUCGAGGGACUGGAGGGUAGCAUAGGCUGAGAUGAACUCUGCCUUGUUGGCAGCAGAACGGCAGUUCUAGUGGCUGCCUGAGACCUGGAAAUCCACGUGGGUGGUGCGUGCAGGGACCACCAGGUUAGAGAGGCAGCAGUCACGCGGUGUGAGGCGUUUGUAUAGCCUGUGCGGAGAGGAGAGAACAGGGAUAGACAGAGGCAUAGUUGACAGGCUGCAGAAAAUGGCUACAAUAAUGCAAAGGAGAUCGGAAUGAAAUGAACUAAACAUCUGGGAAAGGAGAGAGCGGGGCCUCCCUCACCACAACACCCAAAUAUAACUCUCCCAACUUCCACCUCAGAAACUAUAAUUGUUGUAAACUACAGCGGUUCAAUGUUUUCUAGGAAUAGACUAACUUAGUUUAUUCAGCUAGCUAACUUGGUACAGUAGUCUUCCGUGAAAAUCGUCCAGGGCACCUAGUCAUAAGACGCCACAGCCAGCUAGCAUGCCGGACUCCAACAACAUGGUUUAGCACCAAUACUCGGCCACAACAAACCACCAGUGUGUCAACACGCCAAGCAGAUAGUCCGUGUCCGUGUCUAACGUUGUGGGUUAGUCCCGACAGCUUGAGCGAGUCCGUCCUCAACUUAUUCAGCCAGUUAGUUAGCUAGAAUAGUUAGCAUACUAGCUAGCCAUUGCUUUCAGACAAAGAAGAAACCCCUCCUUUCACGGCACGAACACACAGAGAGAGCCAAGCUAACGUUAACUAGUCACCCAUGUCCCGAAUACCUUGAACGACUCUGGCUACCAAUAUGUAAAAACAAAACACAAAUGUAGGUUAUGACUUACCCCUAGCAGCUACUGUUAGCUAGCCAAGUGCAAAGCUAGCCACUGAAUUGACUCAGCCAGUUCGCGUCUGUUCGCUAGGUCGUUCUAGCUAUUGUUUACUAGUAGCUAUCCAGGUAGCAACAAGCUAGCUAAAUUUCAAGCACAGUAGCCACUUACUACCUAACGUUAACGGUUCAGACAAUGAGGUUAGAAAACAGCUGAAUGGUAGGCAUUAUUGUAUGUAAUUAUUGUAGGCAGCCAGCUGGCGUAAUUACAGGCACUCUCAGGCGUGAAACAACUAUACCGUUGCUAAUAGUUGCCAGUAGCUACCCGCCAGCUAGUCCAGGUAGUGGGUUAGCUAGCUAGCUUCGUGCUUCACCGGGCUCAGCCGAAUAUAAUACUAACCUACAAUAAUUACAUACAACAACCCACGAUAACUACCUACAAUACCUAACUACAAUCUAAAUACAUAGUUUAAGCUACUCGACAAAGCCCAAACUAUGUAUAAAGCCAAGCUUACCCGACGACCUCACCCGACAACCUCCUCCUGCUACAGAUGGCACUAACACCCAACACACACUGAUUUUUUCCAUCGCAAAGUUCAAGAUGUGCAUGGCCAAAAGCAGAUAUUGACCACACAUAGUACAACCACUACCAAACCCCAAGCUGUAUCUUAUGAAGUGGCAUAUCUCAUUGCAAAAUCAAAAAAGCCACACACUAUUGGUAACACUCACAUUCUCCCCGCAGCAAUAGCCAUGUGUCAAGCUAUGCAUGGUGAGAAAAUAGCCAGUCAGCUCAAACAAAUCCCACUGUCUGAUAAUACCGUUGCCCAGCGAAUAGAUGGUAUGGCAAAAGAUACAGAGUCAGCUUAUUGAUCGUUUCAAAGAGAGUGGGAAAUUUGCUCUACAACUUGAUGAGUCGACUGAUAUAUCGCAUGCAGCUCUUAUAUUCGUAAGAUAGGCCUACUGCUAUGAGGGGAAACUACAUGAAGAUGUGUUAUUUUGCAGUGCGCUUGAGGGGACAUGCAAAGGACAGGAUAUAUUCAACAAACCUGAUGGAAAGAUCCGGGAGGAGGGGCUGUGUUGGGAGAACUGUGUGCAGGGGUUAAAGUUCUCCAUCACUGCGACAGAUUUCCGUCUUAUGGAUUCUGGAGAGAUUAUUUUAGAGAUCAGUGUAGAUCCACAAUAAAACACCUAUGGUAUUGCCCCUCAAUUAAAAAAGCAGCUUUCAGAAAAGCUGAAAACUGAAAUGUUUUCUUUCAAUGCUGAUGAAUUCACCAAUGAGAACAUGGACAGAAAAGUUUCAACAAAGCAACUAGCUUCAAGGAAAGUCAACAUUGCAGAUGCAUCAGCCCUUCUGCAUCAGCCCUCAAGCUAACUGAUAUUCUCAAUUCCUUUCGCCUAAACUGGAGUCAAAUUGUUAGUAUAAUUCUGGAUAACUGUGCAGUAAUGAGGGGCAAAAAGUCUGCAGUGGAGACCUAAGCGCGAAAUGAAAACCAUGCACUUCUAGACAUCAGUGGAGACACAGUUCACAUGGUUUCCAAUGCCUCUCCAGUCUUAUGUAGAAGACUUCUGCUCUGAUGUCUACAUUGAAAAAUUCCCCAAAUAAAAGGAGGUUUUUGCAGAGUUCCAGUCUUUGCUUCAUAUGAAGAUCAAGAGCCUAAAACAACUAAUCAGCAGCAGGUUCCUGCAAAUGCUGAAAGUAUGCAACCGAGCACACAAGAUGGAUGCACUACUACAGCUUCUUGUCUCCCCCUGAUCAACACAAACAAGAUUUUUACGUUUUAGUAGACACUCUUAUCCAGAGCAAUUUACAGGAGCAAUUAGGGUUAAGUGCCUUGUUCAAGGGCUCAUCAAUAGAUCUUUCACCUAGUCAGCUCAAGGAUUCAAACCAGCAACCUUUCUGUUACUGGUCCAAUGCUCUUAACCGCUAGGCUACCUACCGCCCCAUACUGUAUGGCAUCUUUGUUUUGAAUGUAUAAUACCAAGUUAUAUAUUGACUGUAUUGCUUUUAGAAUACACUGCUUUAGAUGGCUCUAAAUCUGGUGGUCCCAAAAGUAAAAGUGUGUGUGUGGCAUAGCAUAGGCAUGACAGCAUCACAGUUUUGUUGUAUAAUUUUGUUUUAAAUAUAUUGUGUUGCAGAUGGCUUCUCAACCAGGUUCUUGACAAGCAUGCAGUUACAUCUGAUGAAAGGCCAGAAUAACUUUUCUUCAACAACAGGCAAAAUCUGUGAGUCGGACUUAUGUCAACAGCAACCGGAAGAAACACAUCUGUUUGCUGUUCUCAGAGUUCGACAAGCUGACAGCCUUAAUCGAUUUGUACAGAGGUACACUAUAUAUACAAAAGUAUAUGGACACCCCUUCAAGUUAGUGGAUUUGGCUAUUUCAGCCACACCUGUUGUUGACAGGUGUAUGAAAUCGAGCACACAGCCAUGCAAUCUCGUUAGACAAACAUUGGCAGUAGAAUGGCCUUACUGAAGAGCUCAGUGACUUUCAACGUGGCACCAUCAUAGGAUGCCACCUUUCCCACAAGUCAGUUCGUCAACUUUCUGCCCUGCUAGAGCUGCCCCGGUCAACUGUAAGUGCUGUUAUUGUGAAGUGGAAACGUAUAGGAGUAACAACGCCUCAGCCGCGAAGUGGUAGGCCACACAAGCUCACAGAACGGGACCACCGAGUGCUGAAGUGCGUAGUGCAACAUUCACUACCGAGUUCCAAACUGCCUCUGGAAGCAACGUCAGCACAAGAUCUGUUCGUCAGGAGCUUCAUGAAAUGGGUUUCCAUGGCCGAGCAGCCGUACACAAGCCUAAGAUCACCAUGCGCAAUGCCAAGCAUCGCCUGGAGUGGUGUAAAGCUCGCGCCAUUGGACUCUGGAGGAGUGGAAACGCUUUCUCUGGAGUGAUGAAUCUAGCUUCACCAUCUGGCAGUCUGAUGGAUGAAUCUGGGUUUGUCAGAUGCCAGGAGAACGCUACCAUAGUGCCAACUGUAAAGUUUGGUAGAGGAGGAAUAAUGGUCUGGGGCUGUUAUUUAUGGUUCGGGCUAGGCCCCUUAGUUCCAGUGAAGGGAUAUCUUAACGCUACAGCAUACAAUGACAUUCUAGAUGAUACUGUGCUUCCAACUUUGUGGUAAGGGAAGGCCCUUUCCUGUUUCAGCAUGACAAUGCCCCGUGCACAAAGCGAGGUUUGUCGAGAUCGGUGUGGAAGAACUUGACUGGCCUGCACAGAGCCCUGACCUCAACCCCAUCGAAUACCUUUGGGAUGAAUUGGAACGCAGACUGCGAGCCAGGCCUAGUGGCCCAACAUCAGUGCCCGACCUCACUAAUGCUCUUGUGGCUGAAUGGAAGCAAGUCCCCUCAGCAAUGUUCCAACAUCUAGUGGAAAGCCUUCCCAAAAGAGUGGAGGCUGUUAUAGCAGCAAAGUGGGGACCAACUCCAUACUAAUGCCCAUGAUUUUGGAAUGAGAUGUUCGACGAGCAGGUGUACACAUACUUUUGGUCAUGUUGUGUAUGUUACUUCCUUUAGUUGAAAACUCACCUAUAUGACAACAGGACUAUGUUUCCUCAAGCCAUACAUUUGCGUAAUACCACGUGAAAGAAGUGGAUUAAAAUGACAUGUCAUUAAUGAAUGAUGGUUAAAAGUGCUGUGCUUGCAUUUUACUAUAACAUGCCUAAUCAGUUGCUAGUAUAUUUUUCAGGUGUGCUUCCAACAUUUCAGGGAUUCCUGAAGAAGCUGCAGCACGAGAAGCCCCUAAUACAUAUGCUGCAUGUUGAGAUGGUGGUGCUUGUCAGGGAAAUCCUCUCCAAGUUCAUCAACCCUGAAGCCAUCCCACUCAGCGUGAAAGACCUGUUGAAGCGGGAUGUCACAAGGAAAGAACUGCAGUACCCUGACAAAGGGUUGUCUGUAGGGAAAUACAGCUUCACUGCGAUGAACAAGGCUCGGAUGGAGAAGAAGCCUUGGUUCAAAGAUGUUUACAUCUCACUAAGAGAGGGAUACAUGAAGGCAACAAGGUUUCUCCAGGAGAAGCUACCUCUGGCUAAUAACACAAUCACAUGUCUAUCUGCUCUCAAUCCAUCCUUGAUUCUCCAUGAAUCUAUCAGAGGGGCUUUCAAUAGCUUGGGCAAAUCUCUUCCAAAUGUAUUGAAAGCAGAGCAGCUUGGUCAGUUUGAUGAAGAAGUCCGUGCUGGGAGCUCAUUCCAAAGCUCGUGCCAAAGACUGUGGAGGAUGCGGAACAAAUUGAUGUGGACUGGUGGAGCAAGGUGUUGGCCAUGAAAACCUCUGUAGGUGAAAAGAGAUUCCCCCUCAUAGUGAAGCUGGUCAGGGCUUUACUGAGUGUUUUCAUGGGCCCACUUGUUGAGGGAUCCUUCAACCUUAAGGAUGACAUUCUUGAACCAGUAUAAAGCUGGGAUGUAUGUGGAAACCUACGAAAGCUUAGCCAUAAUCAAGUCCAACAUGAAGGCAGUUGGCAUAACAGCCUCUACAAUGGAGAUUGACCAUCCACUGAGAAGGACCUGUCUGUCCUCCUACCAAACAUACCAAGAGCACCUGCAGUAGAAGAAGGAAAUCAAGACUGCCGGCCCAGACGGCAUCCCUAGUUGCGUCCUCAGAGCAUACGCAGACCAGCAGAUGGAGUGUUUACGGACAUAUUCAAUCUCUCCCUAUCCCAGUCUGCUGUCCCCACUUGCUUUAAGAUGUCCACCAUUGUUCCUGUACCAAAGAAAGCAAAGGUAACUGAACUAAAUGACUAUCGCCCCGUAACACUCAUUUCUGUCGGCAUGAAGUGCUUUGAGAGGCUAGUUACGGUGAAGUAUGGUGGUGGCAGCAUCAUGCUGUGGGGAUGUUUUUCAGCUGCAGGGACUGGGAGACUAGUCAGGAUCAAGGGAAAGAUGAACGGAGCAAAGUACAGAGAGGUCCUUGAUAAAAACCUGCUCCAGAGCACUCAGGACCUCAGACUGGGGCAAAGGUUCACCUUCCAACAGGACAACGACCCUAAGCACACAGCCAAGACAACGCAGGAGUGGCUUCGGGACAAGUCUCUGAAUGUCCUUGAGUGGCCCAGCCGGAGCCCGGACUUGAACCCAAUCUAACAUCUCUGGAGAGACUUGAAAAUAGCUGUGCAGCAACGCUCCCCAUCCUGACAGAGCUUGAGAGGAUCUGCAGAGAAGAACGUGAGAAACUCCCCAAAUACAGGUGUGCCAAGCAAGAAGACUCUGGGCUGUAAUCGCUGCCAAAGGUGCUUCAACAACGUACUGAGUAAAGGUUCUGAAUACUUAUGUAAAUGUAAUAUUUCAGUUUUUUAUUUUUAAUACAUUUGCAAAAAUUCCUAAAAACCUUGUGCUUUGUCAUUAUGGGGUAUUGUGUGUAGAUUGAUGAGGGAUAAAAACAAUUUAAUGCAUUUCAGAUUAAGGCUGUAACUUAACAAAAUGUUGGAAAAGUGAAGGGGCCUGAAUACUUUCUGAAUGCACUGUGACAAAAAAAAUUGUGACAAAACCAUGAGUAGAGUUGAAAAUGCGAUGGAAACCCAUUUCACUUGUAUUUUUUAUUAGGUACAGAAUUUAUGCGAAAAAAGUUAAUUUUGUGUGCACUGAUUUUUACCCGCAUCAAGUCCAUUUGGUGGAAACCCACCACUGGUGGGAAAAUGCGCAUAUUUUCUUUCUGUGGAUUCUAGAAUAUUCGCAAGAAAAUCUGUCGCCAAUUAGAUGGAAACCUAGCUACUGAAAUUCUUUGAACAUUUUAUUUUACCUCCAUCCAUUGUUUGGUUUAGGUGACUCGCUCCAAUUCCACACAAUGCUUAUGUAUUACUGUCCCAUCCCUGGUUUUUGAAGCAUCCUCAGGUCAGCACCAAGUGCACAUCAUUAAUCUAAUUCGGCUUCACAGAGAUUAACUGGUUAGUCCUUAUUUACCUUAGUCUGGGAUUCCCUAGUCUAUAACUAAUUAAUCUGAAAUUAAGCAACGUCUCAGAAAGCAAUUUUUUUUAUCUGGAUUAAUUUAAGUAGAAUUAGCCUAGUCCUGAUUUAAAUUAAACUCUGUCCUGGAAACCGCUCUGUGGUGUUAAGAAAAAUUCUUACAAAAUGUUAUCAUGUUUUUACAGCUACUCCUUACUGAGAAGGCCCUCCUAACAUCUAACAUAAUUUUGCCUCUUUAAAACACUGAACCCUCAUGUUUCUUUAAACUCUGUCUUUCUUCUUGCCCCCUUUCUUUAUUCACCCUCCCUAAAAUAGGGAAUCUAUCACGGUCAUCAUGUCCAAUAAAUUCAAAUUAGGGAGCCUUAGCUCUGCUCCAGCCCCUUAAUGCGAUCUGGCUACACGAGCACACUCAUUCAUCCUGUGAGUCUCCAUGCAGGGGACGAUGCGAUAUCCGUCUCUUCCUGGAUGGCCCAUGCUGACCCCAGGCCUGUACUACAGCUAAUUUAACGUCCUGUCUGUUUAUUUAUGAGGGCUGUUUGAGACGGCCAAACACAAUGAAUAACGCACUUCAGCUCUGUCUUUGGGAAGUAUUAGUGGAUUACAGUGUUUUUUUUAAAGCGACUUGCUGACACCGUUUACGUCCCUGGGCCAAAGCAGAUUUGUGGAGCUGGCUGGCUCUCUCUUUGGGGUCACUGUUGAGAUAGGAGAGGAUGUUGUGCGGUUGUGUCGAAAAAACAUGAGGAGAAAUGGAUGCCAAGUUUACUUGUCAAGUUUACUUACAAAGACACUUUGUCAACAGAAAAUGUUUGACUGUUGUUAGUGUUGCAGUCUGCAUUGGAAAAUGACACCUCAUUCAUCAAAUUCUGAGUAGACAAAAAGAGAAGAAGAAGAAAGACUGAUAAUAUCCAAGAGAAGAAAGACUGAUAAUAUCCUCUGAUUCUGGUUUAGGCAAAUCCUGUACACUCGCCUCAUUGUUAUACUGUAUUUGUUCCCCAAAAUAUCCCACUUGACUUUGAUCCAAUCUUAAGGACAGCACACAAGAUUCCAAGGCAAUCAAGAUAACAUGGCUAAAAGCAUCAGUGCUCCAAGUUAACUAUCAUGUUAAUCACAGGCAGAUUAGAACAACAGAACAUUGUAUUAUCCAUACGCAGCCCACUAAGAGCACCCCACAAAUCAGCAUCACCCGCAGAGGUCACAGAGUGCCUGAGAGGUCGUUUCACCACCAGCUUCGAUCCUCAUCCCGCACAACUAAUCUCGAUGGCCAACCAAAACAACCCCGCCGAAUAGCUGCCGACGCUAAGGAAUAAAAGGCAAAUAAGACAGAGGACUAACAGCUAUAGUUUUGAUACGCACCAGGAAAUGCAGGUGCACUCACUCUGUUCUGCCCCUUUCCGAUUUCCUGGAAGCGGUGUCUGGACCACCAGUCCAGGUGGCCUAAAGACCAGACCGGAAUGGACUUUCAAUAAGAAAUGUAUAGUAUUUACACCUGGAACUCCAACUGAAUUAACCAUCUCUUUGAAUAAUUAAUGUAAUUAAUCAGUUUAUGAGUAGAGCCAGAAUGAAAACCAUCUGAUUUCCCUGGUCCACUCUGGGUAUGGGCCAACACACUCUGAUGGAUGGGAAGCUGGGGCAACAAUGGUGAGGUGAUAUUUAUUAGUCUGUGAUAAUACAGCACAAGCAGCAUGAUGGGUUGCUUCCGGGCUGAGUACAUACAUGGUAACCACUAACCUGAUCCACCAUUCUGAAACAAUGUAAGCUUGCGAGAUCAAGAUGGUUGAUCAGGCUCGGUAACCACAGCUCUAGUUCAACAUGCCUGUCUGUCUCUCUACCUCCUCAUAAACCAUAGACCUAAUUUGUCCAUCUCUGACUCACUCACUCAAUCUCCUGUAAUCUAUUUGACCACUAGCAUUUUUCUCUAGCACUACAGAGCUGUACAGACUCAACACUGACCUUGUGGGGACCUCUGCUGGUGUUUUACUGAAAUUACAGUUCUUAACAACUGCUGCUUUUUAGAGUUCUGGUGUGAUGAAUAUAAACCAUGUUUCAUGAGCUAAAAUAAAAGAUCCCAAAAGCGUAUUUGUCUCAGAUUUUGUGCACAAAUGUGUUUACAUCGCUGUUAGUGAGCAUUUCCCCUUUGCCAAGAUAAUCCAUCCACCUGACAGGUGUGGCAUAUCAAGAACCUGAUUAAACAGCAUGAUCAUUACACACAGGUGCACCUUGUGAUGGGGACAAUAAAAGGCCACUCUAAAAUGUGCAGUUUUGACACAGAACACAAUGCCACAGAUGUUUCAAGUUUUGAGGGAGCAUGCAAUUGGCAAGUUGACUGCAGGAAUGUACACCAGAGCUGUUGCCAGAGGAUUGAAUGUCAAUUUUUCUACAAAGACACAAUGUCGUUUUAGAGAAUUUGGCACUACGUCCAACCGGCCUCACAACAGCAGACCAUGUGUAACCACGCCAGCCAAGGACCUCAACAUCUGGCUUCUUCACCUGCGGGAUCGUCUGAGACCAACCACCCGGACAGCUGAUAAAACUGUGGGUUAGCACAACCGAAUAAUUUCUGCAAAGUCAGAAACUGUCUAAGGUAAGCUCAUCUGCGUGCUUGUCGUCCUCACUAGGGUCUUGACAUGACUGCAAUUAGGGGUCGUAACCGACUUCAGUGGGCAAAUGCUCACAUUCGAUGGCCACUGGCAUGCUGGAGAAGUGUGCUCUUCACAGAUGAAUCCCGAUUUCAACUGUACCGGACAGAUGGCAGACAGCGUGUAUGGCGUCGUGUGGGCGGGCGGUUUGCUGAUGUCAACGUUAUGAACAGAGUGCCCCAUGGUGGCGAUGGGGUUACGGUACGGGCAGGCAUAAGCUAUGGACAACAAAUACAAUUUCAUUUUAUGGAUGGCAAUUUGAAUGCACAGAGAUACCGUGACGAGAUCCUGAGGCCCAUUGUCGUGCCAUUCAUCCGCCACCACCACCUCAUGUUUCAGAAUGAUAAAGCACGGUCCCAUGUCGUAAACAAUUCCUGGAAGCUGAAAAUGUCCCUGUUCUUCCAUGGCCUGCAUACUCACCAGACAUGUCACCCAUUGAGCAUGUUUGGAUUGGAUGCUCUGGAUCGACGUGUACGACAGCGUGUUCCGAGUUCCCACUAGGACUGGGUGGUAUACCGUAUUUUACUAUAUACCGGUAUUGAUGCAUGGACCUGUUUGGGUUUUAACUUUACCUUCUAUAACGGUAUUUUAAUGUUUGGUUUGUUAAAUAAAUGUGAUACGCCUUGUGUAACAUUCAUUUUUAUUAUUUACUCUGCUACUUGAGUCAUCUCUCUCUACUCUCUCUCUCUCUCCAUGUCACUUUCCACACAGAUCUAGCCCUGCCAACUGUCACUAAAGGAGCGCAUUUGUUGUUGAUCGACCAUGAGACACUUGUGUUCAGUCUGCAUGGUCAAUGCAGCACAUGCAACAAUGUUGAUGACAACGAUGCUGUUUCCACUUUGCAUCUUAAUAUAUAUCAACAAGUGCUCUAUAAUUACACUAUUAGUUUGUGUUUCUUACAUCUGCAAAAAGCUAGUUUGUCUUUUCUUAGCAAGUUGUCACUAAAUUGUGUUAGCCGCUAAUGCUAAUUGCUAGUUAGCUGGCUAGCUAAUAAAUAUAAUGAGUCAGAACAAACGUAGCUAUACAGCCUGAUACCAGUGAUGGUGUAGGCCUAAAUCAGCAUGUUGUUUGUGCAACAGUAUCUUCUAAACCAAAGAGGAUUAGGCAAAGCAUGAAUAUGUUAGCUACAUUAAUGUAGCCAAAGAUUAUAGGGUCCCCUAGGAAACACUCACCAACAUUUUGGUUCAUACCCUAUCACAAUAACUCCUCCCUGGCACUUUCAUUCGUUGUUAUGUCAAACAAUACUGUAUUCAAAGUGCCCACUAUUACAGUUGAAGUCGGAAGUUUACAUACACCUUAGCCAAAUACAUUUAACCUCAGUUUUUCACAAUUCCUGACAAUUAAUACUAGUACAAAUUCCCUGUCUUAGGUCAGUUAGGAUCACCACUUUAUUUUAAGAAUGUGAAAUGUCAGAAUAAUAGUAGAGAGAAUUAUUUAUUUCAGCUUUUAUUUAUUUCAUCACAUUCCCAGUGGGUCAGAAGUUUACAUACACUCAAUUAGUAUUUGGUAGCAUUGCCUUUAAAUUGUUUAACUUGGGUCAAAUGUUUUGGGUAGCCUUCCACAAGCUUCCCACAAUAAGUUGGGUGAAUUUUGGCCCAUUCCUCCUGACAGAGCUGGUGUAACUGAGUCAGGUUUGUAGGCCUCCUUGCUCGCACACGCUUUUUCAGUUCUGCCCACAAAUGUUCUAUAGGAUUGAGGUCAGGGCUUUGUGAUGGCCACUCCAAUACCUUGACUUUGUUGUCCUUAAGCCAUUUUUCCACAACUUUGGAAGUAUGCUUGGGGUCACUGUCCAUUUGGAAGACCCAUUUGCGACCAUGCUUUAACUUCCUGACAGAUGUUUUGAGAUGUUGCUUUAAUAUAUCCACAUAAUUUUCCUUCCUCAUGUUGCCAUCUAUUUUAUGAAGUGCACCAGUCCCUCCUGCAGCAAAGCACCCCCACAGCAUGAUGCUGCCACCCCGUGCUUCACGGUUGGGAUGGUGUUCUUCCGCAUGCAAGCAGCCCCCUUUUUCCUCCAAACAUAACGAUGGUCAUUAUGGCCAAACAGUUCUAUUUUUGUUUCGUCAGACCAGAGGACAUUUCUCAAAAAAGUACGAUUUUUGUCCCAAUGUGCAGUUGCAAACCGUAGUCUGGCUUUCUUAUGACGGUUUUGGAGCAGUGGCUUCUUCCUUGCUGAGCGGCCUUUCAGGUUAUGUCGAUAUAGGACUCGUUUUACUGUGGAUAUAGAUACUUUUAUACCUGUUUCCUCCAGCAUCUUCACAAGGUCCUUUGCUGUUGUUCCGGGAUUGAUUUGCACUUUUCGCACCUAAGUACGUUCAUCUGUAGGAGACAGAACGCAUCUCCUUCCUGAGCGGUAUGACGGCUGCGUGGUCCCAUGGUGUUUAUACUUGCGUACUAUUGUUUGUACAGAUGAACGUGGUACCUUCAGGCGUUUGGAAAUUGCUCCCAAUGAUGUCAAUUAGCUUAUCAGAUGCUUCUAAAGCAAUGACAUCAUUUUCUGGAAUUUUCCAAGCUGUUUAAAGGCACAGUCAACUUAGUGUAUGUAAACUUCUGACCCACUGGAAUUGUGAUACAGUGAAUUAUAAGUGAAAUAAUCUGUCUGUAAACAAUUGUUGGAAAAAUUACUUGUAUCAUGCACAAAGUAGAUGUCCUAACCGACUUGCCAAAGCUAUAGUUUGUUAACAAGAAAUUUGUGGAGUGGUUGAAAAACGAGUUUUAAUGACUCCAACCUAAGUGUAUGUAAACUUCCGACUUCAACUGUAUACUGUAUAACGUACCUAAAAGCAAGAGAUCGCUAUGUGCACAGGUAAGAUCAGGGAUAUUGUGGUGAAAUGGAAGAGGAAAGACUAUGUAACUAUUGUGACUUCGAAGAAAUAGAGAAUUAAACUCAUUUUAUCCUCUACUGACCUUUCUAGCACAAUAUACAGUACCAGUCAAAAGUUUGGACACACCUACUUAUUCAUUGUAGAAUAAUAUUGAAGACAUCAAAACUAUGAAAUAACACAUAUGGAAUCAUGUAGUAAACAAAAAAAAGUGUUAAUCAAAUCAAAGUAUAUUUUAGAUUUGAGAAUAUGCAAAUAGCCAACCUUUGCCUUGAUGACAGCUUUGCACACUCUUGGCAUUCUCUCAACCAGCUUCACCUGGAAUGCUUUUCGAACAGUCUUGAAGGAGUUCCCACAUAUGCUGUGCACUUGAUGGCUGCUUUUUCUUCACUCUGCGGUCCAACUCAUCCCAAACCAUCUCAAUUGGGUUGAGGUUGGGUGAUUGUGGAGGCCAGGUCAUCUGAUGCAGCACUCCAUCACUCUUCUUCUUGGUCAAAUAGCCCUUAAACAGCCUGGAGGUGUGUUUUGGGUCAUUGUCCUGUUAAAAAACAAAUGAUAGUCCCUCUAAGCACAAACCAGAUGGGAUGGCGUAUAGCUGCAGAAUGCUGUGGUAGCCAUGCUGGUUAAGUGUGCCUUGAAUUCUAAAUAAAUCUUCUGUUAGUGUCACCAGCAAAGCACCCCCACACCAUCACACCUCCUCCUCCAUGCUUCACGGUGGGAACCACACAUGCGGAGAUCAUCCGUUCACCUACACUGCGUCUCACAAAGACACGGCGGUUGAAACCAAAAAUCUCAAAUGUGGACUCAUCAGACCAAAGGACAGAUUUCCACCGGUCUAAUGUCCAUUGCUCAUGUUUCUUGGCCCAAGCAAGUCUCUUCUUCCUAUUGGUGUCCUUUAGUAGGGGUUUCUUUGCAGGAAUUCGACCAUGAAGGCCUGAUUCACGCAGUCUCCUCUGAACAGUUGAUGUUGAGAUGUGUCUGUUACUUGAACUCUGUGAAGCAAUCUGAGGUGCAGUUAACUCUAAUGAACUUAUCUUCUACAGCAGAGGUAACUCUGGGUCUUCCUUUCCUGUGGCGGUCCUCAUGAGAGCCAGUUUCAUCAUAGCGCUUGAUGGUUUUUGCGACUGCACUUGAAAAAACUUUCAAAGUUCUUGAAAUUUUCCAGAUUGACUGACCUUCAUGUCUUAAAGUAAUGAUGGACUGUCACUUAUUUGUUCUUGCCAUAAUAGGCUUGGUAUUUUACCAAAUAUGAAUAUCUUCUGUAUACCACCCCUACCUUGUCACAACACAACUGAUUGGCUCAAACGCAUUAAGAAGGAAUGAAAUUCCACCAAUUAACUUCUAACAAGGCACACCUGUUAAUUGAAAUGCAUUCCAGGUGACUACCUCAUGAAGCUGGUUGAGAGAAUGCCAAGACUGUGCAAAGCUGUCAGCAAGGCAAAGGAUGGCUACUUUGAAGAAUCUCAAAUAUAAAAUAUAUUUUGAUUUGUUUAACACUUUCUUGGUAACUACAUGAUUCCAUAUGUGUUAUUUCAUAGUUUUGAUGUCUUCACUAUUAUUCUACAAUGUAGAAAAUAGUAAAAAUAAAUAAAAACCCUUAAAUGAGUAGGUGUGUCCAAACUUUUGACUGGUACUGUGUAUAUAUAUACUCCGGACUCCGACAUUGCUCAUCCUAAUAUUUCUAUAUUUCUCAAUAUAUUUCUUAUAUAUUAUUUUACGUUUUAUAUUUGUGUGUAUUGUUAGAUAUUACUGCAUUGUUGGAGCUAGGAACAUAAGCAUUUUGCUACACCCACAAUAACAUCUGCUAAAUAUGUGUAUGUGACCAAUAACAUUUGAUUUGAUUUUAUUUGAGAUACUGACUGGUUUUCUGAGUCACACCCCUACCUUUUUUAAAAGAUAUCUGUGACCAACAGAUGCAUAUCUGUAUUCCCAAUCAUGUGAAAUCCAUAGAUUAGGGCCUAAUGAAUUCAUUUAAAUUGACUGAUUUCCUUAUAUGAACUGUAAAAUCUUUGAAAUUGUUGCAUGUUGCGUUUAUAUUUUUGUUCAGUGUAGUUGGUGAAUGUGUAUAUUAAUUUGCAAAAAAUAGUUCCUACUUUUGUCACUAGAUGUCAGUAGAAAUACUGUUGGAUGGUGUGUUCUUAUUUUUUGAGAUGUAUGUUUUUAGAAAAUCAAUUUUCACAAAAAAUAUGAUUGAAUUAAAAACUCUAAACUGUCUUGAUAAGGCUUCUUUAAGGUGUAACCUUUACAUAGACAUUUGUUAGAAGUCUGUGAAAGUUUAUCUACAACCUAAUCUGAGUACCAAGAUAUAUUUUCUAUAGGAGUUUUCCCUAAAACAAGGCCCAGGCCUAAAGCGCCAAAAACCUCCCCAAAAUGUCACACUGUGUGAAAACGUUCUAUCCAAUUUUGCAGAACAUUUUUUAUUGUCAAACUGAAAUGAUAUGAUAAGGACUAUUUUCCCCCCAUGAGAUUGAAAUAUGAGUUCUAUUUAGAAGUCCUCUUCAACUGAAUUGUUUACCAAAACAAUACAAAAAUGAACUGUCAUUUAUUAACAUAAACAUCCACACACAUGUACACUAUCACAUUAGGCUAUGUCUAGAGAGCUGAACACAUACACAUGUACAGUAAGGGAAAAAGUAUUUGAUCCCCUGCUGAUUUUGUACGUUUGCCCACUGACAAAGAAAUGAUCAGUCUAUCAUUUUAAUGGUAGGUUUAUUUGAACAGUGAGAGUCAGAAUAACAACAACAAAAUCCAGAAAAACGCAUGUAAAACAUGUUAUAAAUUGAUUUGCAUUUUAAUGAGGGAAAUAAGUAUUUGACCCCCUCUCAAUCAGAAAGAUUUCUGGCUCCCAGUUGUCUUUUAUACAGGUAACGAGCUGAGACUAGGAGCACACUCUCCACCAUGGCCAAGACCAAAGAGCUCUCCAAGGAUGUCAGGGAUACAUGGAAUGGGCUACAAGACCAUCGCCAAGCAGCGAUGGUCUUGUGAGAAGGUGACAACAGUUGGUGCGAUUAUUCGCAAAUGGAAGAAACAUCAAAUAACUGUCAAUCUCCCUCGGCCUGGGGCUCCAUGCAAGAUCUCACCUCGUGGAGUUGCAAUGAUCAUGAGAACGGUGAGGAAUCAGCCCAGAACUACACAGGAGGAUCUUGUCAAUGAUCUCAAGGCAGCUGGGACCAUAGUCACCAAGAAAACAAUUGGUAACACACUACGCCGUGAAGGACUGAAAUCCUGCAGCGCCCGCAAGGUCCCCCUGCUCAAGAAAGCACAUAUACAGGCCCGUCUGAAGUUUGCCAAUGAACAUCUGAAUGACUCAGAGGAGAACUGGGUGAAAGUGUUGUGGUCAGAUGAGACCAAAAUCGAGCUCUUUGGCAUCAACUCAACUCGCCGUGUUUGGAGGAGGAGGAAUGCUGCCUAUGACCCCAAGAACACCAUCCCCACCGUCAAACAUGGAAGUGGAAACAUUAUGUUUUGAAGGUGUUUUUCUGCUAAGGGGACAGGACAACUUCACUGCAUCAAAGGGACGAUGGACGGGGCCAUGUACCGUCAAAUCUUGGGUGAGAACCUCCUUCCCUCAGCCAGGGCAUUGAAAAUGGGUCGUGGAUGGGUAUUCCAGCAUGACAAUGACCCAAAACACACGGCCAAGGCAACAAAGGAGUGGCUCAAGAAGAAGCACAUUAAGGUCAUGGAGUGGCAUAGCCAGUCUCCAGACCUUAAUCCCAUAGAAAAUCUGUGGAGGGAGCUGAAGGUUCGAGUUGCCAAAUGUCAGCCUCGAAACCUUAAUGACUUGGAGAAGAUCUGCAAAGAGGAGUGGAACAAAAUCCCUCCUGAGAUGUGUGCGUCUGACCUCUGUGAUUGCCAACAAGGGUUUUGCCACCAAGUACUAAGUCAUGUUUUGCAGAGGGGUCAAAUACUUAUUUCCCUCAUUAAAAUGCAAAUUCAAAUAAACCUACCAUUAAAAUGAUAGACUGAUCAUUUCUUUGUCAGUGGGCAAACGUACAAAAUCAGCAGGGGAUCAAAUACUUUUUUCCCUCACUGUAUGCAUCUAAAACUCACAUGCCCACUUUCUAACAUGAAAUAUAGAGUCUUGAAGCACUGGGUGCAAUAAAAGAGCCAGUGCUCCCUGUUUGUAAACUAUGAUCUCUCUACCAGGUACAUUGCAAGACUAAACCCUACAGUUGUGGUCAGAAGUUUUGAGAAUGACACAAAUACUAAUUUUCACAAAGUCUGUGUCAACGAUGUAGUGAUGGUGUGGUGGGGAAUCAGGCGCAGAAGCAGAGGUACAGUCCAACAAGACUUUACUAUGCAAAAUAAUCCACAAACGGCAGGAGGCCAAACAGACGCGCACAGGCGUCAACACACGAUCGCACGAAAACACAGUGCGCAAAACUCUCCUCAACAGAGGAGGACACUACUAAUACUGGCGUACUGGAAAAAUAACACAGCUACGCAACCAUCUGACAAGCGACAAUUACACACAACACUAUACACACAAACAGGGAACUAAAUAGGGUGCAUAAUGAUACCUAACACAAAACAGGUGUGGCUAACAGACAAAACUAAUCAAACAGGAAACACAGAACAUAGAACGGUGGCAGCUAGAAUUCCGGAGACGACGAACGCCGAAGCCUGCCCGAACAAGGGAGAGAGGCCACCUCGGCCGAAACCGUGACAGUACCCCCCCCUUGACGCGCGGCUCCAGACGCGCGCCGACUCCGGCCUUGGGGACGACCCGGAGGCCGCGGCGCAGGGCGCGUCGGAUACCCCCGAUGGAAUUCCGUCAGGAGCGACGGGUCCAAAAUGUCUCUCCUCGGCACCCAGCACCGCUCCUCCGGACCGUACCCCUCCCACUCCACUAGAUACUGAAGACCCCCCCUCCGACGUCUAGAAUCCAAGAUGGAUCUUACAGUGUACGCCGGUGCCCCCUCGAUGUCCAACGGGGGCGGGGGAGUCUCCAAGAUCUCAUGUUCUUGAAGUGGGCCCGCUACCACCGGCCUGAGAAGGGACACAUGGAACGAGGGGUUAAUACACUUAUACUCCACUGGUAACUGUAAUCUAUAACAAACCUCGUUCAACCUUCUCAGGACUUUAAAUGGCCCUACAAACCGCCGACCCAGUUUCCGACAGGGCAGGCGGAGGGGCAGGUUUCUGGCAGAGAGCCAGACUCGAUCUCCAGGUGCGUACACAGGCCCCUCACUGCGGUGUAGGUCGGCGCUCGUCUUCUGUCGACGUAUGGCACGCUGCAGAUGGACGUGUGCAGCGUUCCACGUCUCCUCCGAGCGCCGCACCCACUCAUCCACAGCGGGGGCCUCGAUCUGGCUCUCAUGCCAUGGUGCCAGAACCGGCUGGUACCCUAAAACACACUGAAAAGGGGUUAGUUGGGUGGAGGAGUGGCGGAGAGAGUUCUGUGCCAUCUCGGCCCAGGGCACAUAUCUCGCCCACUCCUCCGGCCGGUCCCGGCAGUAUGUUCUGAGAAACCUGCCCACAUCCUGGUUUACGCGUUCCACCUGCCCAUUACUCUCCGGGUGGUAACCCGAGGUGAGACUCACCGAGACCCCCAACCGCUCCAUAAAAGCUCUCCAGACUCUGGAGGUGAAUUGGGGACCCCGGUCAGCCACAAUGUCCUCGGGCACCCCGUAGUGCCGGAACACAUGAGUGAAUAGUGCUUCGGCGGUCUGUAGGGCAGUAGGAAGACCCGGCAUGGGGAGCAAACGACAGGCCUUAGAGAACCGGUCCACAACGACCAGGAGUGUAGUAUUCCCUUGAGAGAGGGGAAGGUCAGUUAUAAAAUCCACCGAGAGGUGGGACCAUGGUCGUUGUGGAACGGGCAGGGGCAGUAACUUACCCCUAGGCAGAUGUCUAGGCGCCUUACACUGGGCGCACACCGAGCAGGAGGAAACAUAAACCCUCACAUCCCUGGCCAACGUGGGCCACCAAUAUUUGGCACUAAGACAGUGCACUGUCCGGCCGAUACCCGGAUGUCCAGAGGAGGGUGACGUGUGAGCCCAAUAGAUCAAUCGAUCCCGACACUCGAGCGGAACAUACUUCCGACCCUCCGGGCAUUGUGGUGGACUAGGGUCGGUGCGUAAUGCCCGCUCGAGCUCAGAAUCGAGCUCCCACACCACCGGUGCCACUAGACACGACUCCGGCAGUAUGGGAGUGGGCUCCACGGACCUCUCCUCCCCGUCAUACCGCCGAGACAGUGCAUCUGCCUUACCGUUUUGUGACCCAGGGAUGUAGGUGAUCUUAAAAGAGAAACGGGUCAAAAACAUACUCCAUCUAGCCUGUCGAGGGUUCAGCCUCCUCGCUGCCCGGAUGUACUCCAGGUUACGGUGGUCCGUCAAAAUGAGGAAAGGGUGUUGAGCCCCCUCAAGCCAGUGCCUCCACACCUUAAGGGCCUGUACCACAGCUAACAGCUCCCUGUCCCCUACGUCAUAAUUUCGCUCCGCCGGGCUGAGCUUCUUGGAAUAGAAGGCACAGGGGCGGAGUUUAGGUGGCGCGCCUGACCGUUGUGAAAGCACGGCGCCAAUACCGGCUUCAGACGCGUCCACCUCUACCUGAAAUGGUAAAGAGGGAUCCGGAUGCGCCAGCACCGGAGCCGAGGUGAACAGGUCCUUCAGCUUCUCAAACGCCCUGUCCGCCUCGACUGACCACUGCAGACGCACUGGGCCCCCCUUUAAGAGAGACGUGAUGGGAGCUGCCACUUGCCCAAAACCCCGGAUAAACCUCCGGUAGUAAUUCGCAAACCCCAAAAACUGCUGCACCUCUUUCACAGUGGUUGGUGUUUGCCAAUUACGCACGGCUGACACUCGGUCUACCUCCAUCUUCACCCCUGACGCAGACAACUGAUACCCCAAAAAGGAAAUCGACUCCUGGAAAAACAGACACUUCUCUGCCUUCACAUACAGGUCGUGCUCCACCAGCCUCCGCAACACCCUGCGCACCAGGGCCACAUGCUCGACACGGGUAGGUGAGUACACGAGAAUGUCAUCUAUGUACACCACGACUCCCUGUCCCUGCAUGUCCCUGAAGAUCUCAUCCACGAAUGAUUGGAAAACUGACGGAGCAUUCAUCAACCCGUAUGGCAUGACUAGAUACUCGUAAUGGCCCGAGGUGGUACUAAAGGCUGUUUUCCAUUCAUCAUCCUUCCUGAUGCGCACCAAGUUGUACGCGCUCCUGAGAUCUAAUUUCGUGAAGAAACGCGCCCCAUGCAACGACUCAGUCAUGGUCGCAAUCAGCGGGAGUGGAUAACUAUACUUCACCGUAAUCUGAUUGAGACCACGAUAAUCGAUGCACGGACGCAAACCCCCAUCCUUCUUCUUCACGAAAAAGAAACUCGAGGACGCGGGGGAAGUGGACGGCCGUAUGUAUCCUUGUCUCAGUGAUUCGUCUAUGUAAACCUCCAUAGCUUUCUUCUCCUCCUGAGACAGAGGAUACACAUGACUCCGUGGGAGCGCAGCUCCUGCCUGAAGGUCUAUCGCACAAUCCCCCUGCCUAUGGGGUGGCAACCGCGUCGCCCUCGCCUUACUAAACGCGAUAGCCAAAUCCCCAUACUCAGGUGGAAUGUGCAAUGCGGGCACCUGGUUUGGACUCUCCACCGAGGUAGCCCCUAUGGAAACGCCAAACAUCUACCCACACACUGAGCAGACCACUCCAUCAGAGCCCUCUCCUGCCACGAAAUAACGGGGUUAUGGGUACUUAACCAGGGCAUGCCCAGCACCACCGGAUACGCAGGAGAGUCAAUCAGAAACAGUUGAAUUAUCUCCUGAUGAUUCCCCUGCGCACACAUCCUAAGUGGCGCCGUGACCUCCCUGAUUAAGCCCGUACCCAACGGACGACUAUCUAGGGCGUGAACGGGAAAAGGAACAUCAACAGGGAGAAGGGGAAACCCUAACUCUAAACAAAACUUUUUAUCAAUGAAAUUCCCAGCCGCGCCUGAAUCUACCAGCGCCUUAUACUGGGAAUGAGGUGCCACCUGCGGGAAACGCACAGGCAUACAAAAAUGGGCAACAGUGAGCUCUGGGUGAGUGGGGCGCCUACUCACCUGGAGGGAAUCCCCAGUGCGGGACCUGUCGUCAUCUCCCCGAGGAGGCCAUCCCCAGCACCUAGCCGCGGUGUGUCCUCCCCGACCACAGUUGGUGCAGUGGAUGGACCCCCUCACCUGCCGACUCCUCCUAUCUCUAGCGCCAGCGCCCCCGAGCUCAAUAGGACACGGCUCGGAUGCGCUGGAGGGUGAAAUGGACGGACCCCCCUCAGGACGUCCGCGGGUGGCCAAUAGGUUAUCUAACCUGAUUGACAUGUCGACCAGCUGGUCGAAAGAGAGACUGGUGUCCCUACAGGCCAGCUCCCUACGGACGUCCUCCCUUAGGCUACAUCGAUAUAUAUCGACGAGGGCCCGCUCAUUCCACCCUGCGUCAGCCGCUAGAGUACGGAAUUCAAGCGCGAAUUCCUGAGCACUCCUCCUCCCCUGCCGGAGGAAGACCAGACGCUCCCCCGCCGCUUUCCCCUCCGGGGGAUGGUCGAACACCGCCCUAAAGCGACGGGAGAACUCGUCGUAGGUGAUACUCGCGGCGUCGAUCUUCCUCCACUCCGCGUUGGCCCAUUCCAACGCCUUCCCGGACAGGCAGGAUAUCAGGGCAGACACGCUCUCAUGCCCCGAGGGGGCCGGGUGUACGGUGGCCAGGUACAACUCCACCUGGAGGAGGAAUCCCUGACACCCAGCCGCGGUUCCGUCGUAGGCCCUCGGGAGAGCGAGUCGGAUACCUCGGUGUUCUGGCGCUGGAAUGGGCAGGCUGGCCGAUGGUGCUGGCUGGGCUGGCGGUGAGGAAGGUGGUGGAGGUGCGCCCCAGCCUCGGAGCGUGGUGAUUACCUCCUGCAGGGCGGUUCCCAUCUGGAGGAUCUGUUCCUGUUGCUCCCGAACCUGGACCUCCAGUCUCGUCGGCGCUGCUUCGGCUCCCGCUGAUUCCAUGCUUAAGGUGUGUAAUUCUGUCAACGAUGUAGUGAUGGUGUGGUGGGGAAUCAGGCGCAGAAGCAGAGGUACAGUCCAACAAGACUUUACUAUGCAAAAUAAUCCACAAACGGCAGGAGGCCAAACAGACGCGCACAGGCGUCAACACACGAUCGCACGAAAACACAGUGCGCAAAACUCUCCUCAACAGAGGAGGACACUACUAAUACUGGCGUACUGGAAAAAUAACACAGCUACGCAACCAUCUGACAAGCGACAAUUACACACAACACUAUACACACAAACAGGGAACUAAAUAGGGUGCAUAAUGAUACCUAACACAAAACAGGUGUGGCUAACAGACAAAACUAAUCAAACAGGAAACACAGAACAUAGAACGGUGGCAGCUAGAAUUCCGGAGACGACGAACGCCGAAGCCUGCCCGAACAAGGGAGAGAGGCCGCCUCGGCCGAAACCGUGACAGUCUGCUGCCUCAGUUUUGAUGAUGGCAAUUUGCAUAUACUCCAGAAUGUCAUGAAGAGUGAUCAGAUGAAUUGCAAUUAAUUGCAAAAUCCCUCUUUGCCAUGAAAAUGAACUUAAUCCCAAAAAAACAUUUCCACUGCAUUUCAGCCCUGCCACAAAAGGAAUAGCUGCCAUCAUGUCAGUGAUUCUCUCGUUAACACAGAUGAGAGUGUUGACGAGGACAAGGCUGGAUUGAGUUAGAAUAACAGACUGGAAGCAUUAAAAGGAGGGUGGUGCUUGAAAUCAUUGUUCCUCCUCUGUUAACCAUGGUUACUUGCAAGGAAACACGUGCCGUCAUCAUUGCUUUGCACAAAAUGGGCUUCACAGGCAAGGAUAUUGCUGCUAGUAAGAUUGCACCUAAAUCAUCCAUUUAUCGGAUCAUCAAGAACUUCAAGGAGAGAGGUUCAAUUGUUGUGAAGAAGGUGUCAGGGCGCCCAAGAAUGUCCAGCAAGCGCCAGGACCGUCUCCUAAAGUUGAUUCAGCUGCGGGAUCGGGGCACCACCAGUGCAGUGCUUGCUCAGGAAUUGCAGCAGGCAGAUGUGAGGUGAGCGCUACCAUCAGUCCUGUGUCAUGCCAACAGUAAAGCAUCCUGAGACCAUUCAUGUGUGGGGUUGCAUCUCAGCCAAGGGAGUGGGCUCACUAACAAUUUUGCCUAAGAACACAGCAAUGAAUAAAGAAUGGUAGCAACACAUCCUCCGAGAGCAACUUCUCCCAACCAUCCAAGAACAGUUUGGUGACGACCAAUGCCUUUUCCAGCAUGAUGGAGCACCUUGCCAUAAGGCAAAAGUGAUAACUAAGUGGCUCGGGGAACAAAACAUCAAUAUUUUGGGUCCAUGGCCGGAAACUCCCCAGAACUUAAUCCCAUUGAGAACAUUGUAACAUCUGACAAAAAUAUCUCAUAACACUGAAGCAGCGAACUUUGUGAAGACAAAUACUUGUGUCAUCUCAAAACUUUUGACCACGACUGUACAUGCGUAAGCAGGAGCUCCUUGUCUUACCCAGGUGUCACAUUCUUUCCUGGUUAGAGUCCGUGUGCCUUUGGUCCCUGGAUCAAAUGUCUCCUCCUGUCUUUGACAAUCCCUCUGGUCCCUGUGAACCACAAAAAACUCAUGUGCAGCUAUAGCUGCUCCAAGCUUCUUGCCUCAGCACACUCCAUAUAGUAUAUUUGCAUGGCAUGCACAGUGUGGAUAUCAUCUACAGUGGGGAAAAAAGUAUUUAGUCCGCCACCAAUUGUGCAAGUUCUCCCACUUAAAAAGAUGAGAGAGGCCUGUAAUUUUCAUCAUACGUACACAUCAACUAUGACAGACAAAUUUAGGAAAAAAAAUCCAGAAAAUCACAUUGUAGGAUUUUUAAUGAAUUUAUUUGCAAAUUAUGGUGGAAAAUAAGUAUUUGGUCACCUACAAACAAGCAAGAUUUCUGGCUCUCACAGACCUGUAACUUCUUCUUUAAGAGGCUCCUCUGUCCUCCACUCGUUACCUGUAUUAAUGGCACCUGUUUGAACUUGUUAUCAGUAUAAAAGACACCUGUCCACAACCUCAAACAGUCACACUCCAAACUCCACUAUGGUCAAGACCAAAGCAGCUUGGUUUGAAGAAAUCAACUGUGGGAGCAAUUAUUAGGAAAUGGAAGACAUACAAGACCACUGAUAAUCUCCCUUGAUCUGGGGCUCCACGCAAGAUCUCACCCCGUGGGGUCAAAAUGAUCACAAGAACGGUGAGAAAAAUCCCAGAACCACACGGGGGGACCUAGUGAAUGGCCUGCAGAGAGCUGGGACCAAAGUAACAAAGCCUACCAUCAGUAACACACUACGCUGCCAGGGACUCAAAUCCUGCAGUGCAAGACGUGUCCCCCUGCUUAAGCCAGUACAUGUCCAGGCCCGUCUGAAGUUUGCUAGAGUGCACUUGGAUGAUCCAGAAGAGGAUUGGGAGAAUGUCAUAUGGUCAGAUGAAACCAAAAUAUAACUUUUUGGUAAAAACUCAACUCGUUGUGUUUGGAGGACAAAGAAUGCUGAGUUGCAUCCAAAGAACACCAUACCUACUGUGAAGCAUGGGGGUGGAAACAUCAUGAUUUGGGGCUGUUUUUCUGCAAAGGGACCAGGACGACUGAUCCGUGUAAAGGAAAGAAUGAAUGGGGCCAUGUAUCGUGAGAUUUUGAGUGAAAACCUCCUUCCAUCAGCAAGGGCAUUGAAGAUGAAACGUGGCUGGGUCUUUCAGCAUGACAAUGAUCCCAAACACACCGCCCGGGCAACGAAGGAGUGGCUUCGUAAGAAGCAUUUCAAGGUCCUGGAGUGGCCUAGCCAGUCUCCAGAUCUCAACCCCAUAGAAAAUCUUUGGAGGGAGUUGAAAGUCCGUGUUGCCCAGCGACAGCCCCAAAACAUCACUGCUCUAGAGGAGAUCUGCAUGGAGGAAUGGGCCAAAAUACCAGCAACAGUGUGUGAAAACCUUGUAAAGACUUACAGAAAACUUUUGACCUGUGUCAUUGCCAACAAAGGGUAUAUAACAAAGUAUUGAGAAACUUUUGUUAUUGACCAAAUACUUAUUUUCCACCAUAAUUUGCAAAUAAAUUUUCAUUUUUCAUUUUCUCAAUUUGUCUGUCAUAGUUGACGUGUACCUAUGAUGAAAAUUACAGGCCUCUCUCAUCUUUUUAAGUGGGAGAACAUGCACAAUUGGUGGCUGACUAAAUACUUUUUUUCCCCACUGUAUCUGUACAAGUGGCAAUGCAGUAAGUCUUUGUGUUUAUGGAAAUAGAACCUGGCGCUGGCAGCAAACAUGCAAGCUAGAGCAAAAUUUGACCACGUUGAUUCAACCAGUUUUUGCCCUAUUUAAUUUUUGACUGCCCUAUUUAAUUUUAUAAGGGGGGAUUCUUUCUGUCAGCCCCCCUCAUUUCAGAUGCAGUCAUAUUCUUGAGUGCUAAUGUCCCCUUUCCUAGAUUCCUUUUUAUUGCAAACACUUCACUUCAUACUUCCUUGUGAUUUUGAAUACUCUGAAUACAUUACAUUUCAUGCCUUCACCAACAGAAACAUUGGUGACAGGCCACCCAACUGGAUUGAAACCGUUAAAUAGGAUCGCUACAAUGGGAUUUACUCAUAUUCGUCUACAAGGUCAUCAGAACUAGUGGCAGUAUUAUGAUAGCACUUUCUAGAGAGCAGCUGCUGCAUUGUCAUCUGACAGGGGAUGUACUGUACAGGCAGUUUGGUUUUGGAGUUGGGAUUAGCAAUCACCACCAGUGUCAUGUACUGACAUGUGUUAGUAGUACCACGAUACAACCUUUAUUGAAAAUGCAAAUGUGGAUUCAUCUCAUUCAUGUUUGCUCUCUGUAACAUAGUGAUAGUGUGGGCAUCACAUUUCUGACAGAGCUAAUUUGUAAGGAGGCUCCACCGCCAGGGGAGGAGAUAGACAGGAUGCUGAGCAAGAGGGGGUCGCCCACACUCCACAGAAAGUGCUCCAAAGUAUCGGAACUGACCCUCAGCUGGAAGGAGGAGAAGGAGCGGAAUGUUGAGACAGAGGGAGAAUUUGGAGAUGGCCGCACCUGUAGCGUGGACACAGAGGAUAGUGGGUACUCUGAGGCGGAGGAAAGGACCCUUGAGGCGGAGGGCGGCCAAGAUAAACCUGGACAGAGAGACAACUCUAAACCUGGACAGAUGGACAGCACUGAACCUGGGCAGACAGAGAGCAAUGAACCUCCUGGACAGACAGACAGCUCUAAACCUGAACAGACAGACAUCUCUAAACCUGGACAGACAGCACUGGGUCAUCCGGGGAGGCCAUGCAGAGGGACAGUGACAGCGUCUCACCUAAAGGGAAAGUUGAGUCAUGGGUGAGGGUAAAAAAACCCUCCAGCUCAGUGUGAGUUCAAUGUUAUUUGCAUCAGUGUGGUGACUGUAUUAACAUUCAUGUACAAGUGAUGGUGCAUGACGGUCCCUCAUUAAACGUUGCCCCUAAGUAUGUCAGGGAUACCGUAAAUACAGUACACCUACAGUGGGGAGAACAAGUAUUUGAUACACUGCCGAUUUUGCAGGUUUUCCUACUUACAAAGCAUGUAGAGGUCUGUCAUUUUUAUCAUAGGUACACUUCAACUGUGAGAGAUGGAAUCUAAAACAAAAAUCCAGAAAAUCACAUUGUAUAAUUUUUAAGUAAUUAAUUUGCAUUUUAUUGCAUGACAUAAGUAUUUGAUCACCUACCAACCAGUAAGAAUUUUGGCUCUCACAGACCUGUUAGUUUUUCUUUAAGAAGCCCUCCUGUUCUCCACUCAUUACCUGUAUUAACUGCACCUGUUUGAACUCGUUACCUGUAUAAAAGACACCUGUCCACACACUCAAUCAAACAGACUCCAACCUCUCCACAAUGGCCAAGACCAGAGAGCUGUGUAAGGACAUCAGGGAUAAAAUUGUAGACCUGCACAAGGCUGGGAUGGGCUACAGGACAAUAGGCAAGCAGCUUGGUGAGAAGGCAACAACUGUUGGCGCAAUUAUUAGAAAAUGGAAGAAGUUCAAAAUGACAGUCAAUCACCCUCGGUCUGGGGCUCCAUGCAAGAUCUCACCUUGUGGGGCAUCAAUGAUCAUGAGGAAGGUGAGGGAUCAGCCCAGAACUACACGGCAGGACCUGGUCAAUGACCUGAAGAGAGCUGGGACCACAGUCUCAAAGAAAACCAUUAGUAACACACUACGCCGUCAUGGAUUAAAAUCCUGCAGCGCACGCAAGGUCCCCCUGCUCAAGCCAGCGCAUGUCCAGGCCCGUCUGAAGUUUGCCAAUGACCAUCUGGAUGAUCCAGAGGAGGAAUGGGAGAAGGUCAUGUGGUCUGAUGAGACAAAAAUAGAGCUUUUUGGUCUAAACUCCACUCGCCGUGUUUGGAGGAAGAAGAAGGAUGAGUACAACCCCAAGAACACCAUCCCAACUGUGAAGCAUGGAGGUGGAAACAUCAUUCUUUGGGGAUGCUUUUCUGCAAAGGGGACAGGACGACUGCACCGUAUUGAGGGGAGGAUGGAUGGGGCCAUGUAUCGCGAGAUCUUGGCCAACAACCUCCUUCCCUCAGUAAGAGCAUUGAAGAUGGGUCGUGGCUGGGUCUUCCAGCAUGACAACGACCCGAAACACACAGCCAGGGCAACUAAGGAGUGGCUCCGUAAGAAGCAUCUCAAGGUCCUGGAGUGGCCUAGCCAGUCUCCAGACCUGAACCCAAUAGAAAAUCUUUGGAGGGAGCUGAAAGUCCGUAUUGCCCAGCGACAGCCCCGAAACCUGAAGGAUCUGGAGAAGGUCUGUAUGGAGGAGUGGGCCAAAAUCCCUGCUGCAGUGUGUGCAAACCUGGUCAAGACCUACAGGAAACGUAUGAUCUCUGUAAUUGCAAACAAAGGUUUCUGUACCAAAUAUUAAGUUCUGCUUUUCUGAUGUAUCAAAUACUUAUGUCAUGCAAUAAAAUGCAAAUGAAUUACUUAAAAAUCAUACAAUGUGUUUUUCUGGAUUUUUGUUUUAGAUUCCGUCUCUCACAGUUGAAGUGUACCUAUGAUAAAAAUUACAGACCUCUACAUGCUUUGUAAGUAGGAAAACCUGCAAAAUCGGCAGUGUAUCAAAUACUUGUUCUCCCCACUGUAUAUAACUGUAUAUAGCACAUUUUGCUCAAAUAAAACGGUUAGUGCGAAACCUGUUCAGAGCUUUACAAUGGAAAUAAAUGUUGCCAUGAUUGAUGAUUGUUACAUUUUUUUGUUAAAUAUUUGUGUGAUUGUCCUUCACAGCGGCAAAAAGGAGUUGGAUGACGCCAACAAGAUCAAUGCUCUCUCAAAGAUGUACAGUGCCGUGGGCAAUCUGAAAAGCUGCUGGCAGAACUGGUCCUCGACGCACACCGUCAACCAGAAGCUCAACCCCUUCAGUGAGGACUUUGACUACGAAUACUCCAUGUCCCUACGCCUCCGCAAAGGCGAGGAGGGUUACGGACGCCCCAAGGAGGGCACCAAAACAGCCGAACGUGCCAGAUGA